CUCUCUUUCGCGGAAGAGAAAAGCAGGAAGUAAAGCAAACAGGAGCGACCAUGUGCCGUAGGAAAAAGGGGUGGAUGGGAGGGACUUCGUUGCAACUUGGGAAGAAAACUGCAGCAGGCUGCGUCUCUAGGGAUCGUCCACCCCGUCGCUGGGACCUAGGAUCCCAGAUCCAAAGUCGGAACUUUGAAUUUAGGCAGCGUAAAAGUGACAGCCGGGAGAGAGGAGAUGCAGCGCCUCCCCAUCCCCUGCGCGAGGCAUAGAUUGCGCCGCUGAGUUCUUUGGAAACAUACGAUGGAAGGGCGCAAAAGUCUUUGUUUCGUUUGGGUGCUAAUUUCUCCGGGUCGGAUAAGAUCCUGCAGGGCGUGGAGCCUCGCCAUACUACUGGGUCUCACAGUGCAAGUAGCCUUUGGGGCUUUCCUGAUAAAUGUGGACGUCUCACAGACCGAAAGGGAAUUGAAGCACUUUUGGAAAAGCACAGGAUAUUGGUAAGACAGGAGCUAUAUUUGUUGUUUAGUUGUUUAGUCGUGUCCGACUCUUCGUGACCCCCUGGACCAGAGCACGCCAGGCACUCCUGUCUUCCACUGCCUCCUGCAGUUUGGUCAAACUCAUGCUGGUAGCUUCGAGAACACUGUCCCACCAUCUCGUCCUCCGUCGUCCCCUUCUCCUUGUGCCCUCCAUCUUUCCCAACAUCAGGGUCUUUUCCAGGGAGUCUUCUCUUCUCAUGAGGUGGCCAAAGUAUUGGAGCCUCAGCUUCAGGAUCUGUCCUUCCAGUGAGCACUCAGGGCUGAUUUCCUUAGGAAUGGAUAGGUUUGAUCUUCUUGCAGUCCAUGGGACUCUCCUCCAGGACCAGAAUUCAAAAGCAUCAAUUCUUUGGUGAUCAGUCUUCUUUAUGGUCCAGCUCUCACUCCCAUACAUCACUACUGGGAUAACCACAGCUUUAACUAUACAGACCUUUGUUGGCAAGGUGAUGUCUCUGCUUUUUAAGAUGCUGGCUAGGAGCUAUAUUUACUAACGAUCAAAAGAAGUCCACUUUAUGCAGGGCACAAGCAGUAUGCAGCACGUGGUUUUGUUUUGCUCUUGCAAAUUUAUUUGCUGCAACUCUGCCCCGUUUUUCCUCCCUUAGCAGCUCAAGGCAACGCAACACGGUUCCUUCCCCCUUUGUUUUAUCCUCCCAACAUCCCUGUGAGGUAGGUUAGGUUGAGAGAUGGUGACUGUCCCAGGGAGGUUCCUGACCAAGUGGGAUUUGAACCCUGAUUCCUACCUGCUGUCCUAGCCCAACAGUCGUAACCACUGCAUCACUCGUUUUUCACGCUCAUCAUUUCCCCAAGUGAUACAGCGUUUCAGGGGAUCAUCUUCUUAGGAGUCAGAGAGCAUUGGAGAUUAGCACUAUAUAUCUCUGCGUGUUUUUAAACAUCCACAGGGCAUUAGGGAGCAGCAGCACCAGUCUCGGCUCACCAAAAAGCAAACAUUGUGCUUUUUGUGCUUGCAUACACCCCUUGCAAAACUCAGAUUCUAGGUGACAAUAGUAUAUUGCAGAGCUUUCCAAACCGUGUGUUGCGACACAUUAGUGUGUCGGCUGCAGGGUGUAGGUAUGUCAUGUGAACGCUCUCCGCGCUCCUCCUGGGGCUGGAAAGGGCUUAGUUUAAACUCCAGUUUACUAGUAAAACUGAAUUAAAAGUAAAGGUAAAGGGACCCCUGACCAUUAGGUCCAGUCGUGACCAACUCUGGGGUUGUGGCGCUCAUCUCGCUUUAUUGGCCAAGGGAGCCGGCGUACAGCUUCCGAGUCAUGUGGCCAGCAUGACUAAGCCACUUCUGGCAAACCAGAGCAGCGCACGGAAACGCCGUUUACCUUCCCGCCGGAGUGGUACCUAUUUAUCUACUUGCACUUUGACGUGCUUUUGAACUGCUAGGUUGGCAGGAGCAGGGACUGAACAACGGGAGCUCACCCCAUCAUGGGGAUUCGAACCACCGACCAUCUGAUCAGCAAGUCCUAGGCUCUGUGGUUUAACCCACAGCGCCACCUGCGUCCCUAUAAAACUGAAUUACUGUGUCGCAAAAUGAUACACGUCUAAAAAGUGUCAACAACAUGAAAAGUUUGGAAAGCUCUGAUAUAUUGGCUAUAAAAAGGUAAAGGACCCCUGACAGUUAAGUCCAGUCGCAGAUGAUCUGAUCGGCAAGCCCAAGAGGCUCAGUAGUUUAGACCACAGUGCCACCCGCGUCCCGCAUACUGACUAUGCUAGCAAGCAAUUUCUUUGCAGUAUUCCCUGCCCCUGCGAAUGUUGUGUUUAGCUUAGCUAGUACUCACCAGCCAUCAAAAGCCAUUUGUGCAUCUUCUAUUUUAUUUUUUAAAUUAGUUUUUAUUGAGGAUUUUGUUGUGUUACAAAACAAAUAAGCAGGCCUGGGUAGAAACCUUACCCCAUGAAUUCAAUUGGCAAACCCAAGCUCUUCACUGAGCCAAUUCAAAAAACUGUAACUUGGAUCUUGAAGCAAUUAUACACAAACUUUCUAACCACAUACGCAGCUCCUUCUUGCUAGUUGUAAUUAAACCAAGAGUCUUAAAUUAAUCAUAGUUUCCUGUUCCAUAAGAACAAGCCAGAAUAUUAAACCAAUAUUUGGUUGUACAAAAUGGGAAGAUAUCAUUAAUGGAAAGACUUCCUGGUUCAUUUGCUGGCUGCAUGGGGUGGGGGGAAGGCUCCAAACACAGCCAUCCCCUCCCCCCAUUGCAACCCUCACUUGCAACAUAGAGAUACAGUGGUGCCCCGCAAGACGAAUGCCUCGCAAGACGAAAAACUUGCUAGACGAAAGAGUUUUCCGUUUUUUGAGUCGUUCCGCAAGACAAAUUUCCCUAUGGGCUUGCUUCGCAAGACAAAACGUCUUGCGAGUUCUUGCAAGUUUGUUUCCUUUUUCUUAAAGCCGCUAAGCCGUUAAUAGCCGCUAAGCCGCUAAGCCAUUAAUAGCAGCUAAGCCGCUAAUAGCCGCUAAGCCGCUAAUAGCCGUGCUUCGCAAGACGAAAAAACCGCAAGACGAAGAGACUCGCGGAACGGAUUAAUUUCAUCUUGCGAGGCACCCCUGUAAUACUGACCCACCUAGCAAGGGUGUUGGAAGGAUUGCUGAAAUAAUAUAUGUGAAGGCAUCAAUAAACAUUAAUAAAGCUUUACAAUUUCUUUUGGCCUCUAAUCUUUCUAAUGUGUCAAUUGUAUUCCUAAUAUUAUCUUUCAUAUGUCUCCCAGGCAGACAUCCUGCCUGGUCUUUAUGUAUAUAUUCUAUUAAGACCUUUUUCAAUCUAUUAGCCAAAAUAUUUGUGAAUAUUUUAUAGACAACAUUAAGUAAUGAGAUUGGUCUAUAAUUCUUAACAUCCGAUCUAUCCUGCUCUGGUUUCGGUAUCAGGUUUAUAUAUGCAUCUUUCCAGGUUUCAGGUGGUUUCUCCCCUAUUAAUAUCUUAUUACAUACAUCUGCCAGCGGAUGGAUUAACCAAUCUUUCAAAGUUUUAUAAUAUUUGCCAGACAAACCAUCUGGUCCUGGGGCUUUGCCUAAUUGCAUUUGGUUUAUUGCUGUCUCAACUUCCUGUCUUGUAAUCGUGUCAUUGAGUAAGGAUCUUUUAUCUCUGGGAAUUUUCUGAACUUCAUUUACCUUAAGAAACUGCUCAAUUUUGUCCAUAUCUUCUUUACCUCUUUUAUACAGUUGUUUGAAAUAUUUCUGAAAGCAUUUCCUUAUAUCUGCAGGGUUUUCCACAGAUUUUCCAUCAGAUACAAUAUUUGUAAUAGUAUUUUGUUUCUGCCUCUUUUUUAAUUGCCAGGCCAACAAUUUUCCACACUUAUUUGCAGAUUCAAAAUUUCUCCCUUUCAUUAAUUUUAUUUUCCAUUCUAUUUCUUGAUUUAUAAUUAGAGAAAAUUGAGUCUGCAAAGCUUUAAUUUCUUUUUGUAUUUGUUGGCUUUUUGGCUUUGAUCUUAAACUCUUUUCUUUCUCUUUUAUUCUAAUGAAUAUUACUUUCCUCAUCUUUUCAGUCCUCCUCUGCCACACAGGAAAGCAGAUUUAUUUGAUCUCAGUAAGGACCAAAUAAUUAACCUGGCUUAUAUUUCUUCUGUGCCACACAAUGGCAUUGAGCAAAUUCGAAUCCACUGGCUCCUGGAACUUAUUCAAGUCAGGUAAGUUAAAUUCUGUCUUUCUUUCUUUCUUUUUUGCCAAAGUUGUUGAGCUUUUUGGGCAAAAUCACCAGGGGGGGGGAAAUGCCGUUUCUGAGCUGUUUUUAUGGAAAGACAGCACUCUUAACGUGAGCUACCGUACGUCUGGAUUUUCCCAGAAUUCCCUCUCCCCUCCCCCCCAAUUUCUGUCCAGACACUGCUGCCGACUGCAGUAUUCCGGAUAUGUAUGGCAACCCUACUAUAGUCUUAGUUAAACUGGACUGACCUGGUAAAUUGCGUGAAGAGGAGAUGGUGGAACUAUUUCCAUCUUUGGAGGUAGCGCUUAGGUGGAAGGGUAUUUUUAAACUUUUUAAAAAGGAUUUAACUUUAAUCCUUCAAAUAAAUCCACAGAAGGUACCAGUCUGCCUGGCUGGACACAAAUGGGAUGGGAUUUCAAAUUUUUAAGGGUUCUAAAUGGUGUGCCUUGGGAGCUUAUCCAUAUAAAAACAAGUAGUUUCCACGAGGCUUCAUUGGUUCUCUGCAUGAACUACAAGGCUUUUCGCGCGCCUUAGAAUUGUAUGCGACACACAAGGGCUCCGUGGCAGAGAACCAUAAGCAUUUUUGACAGUAAGGUUUAUUCUGAUAGAAACUUGACCAUGUGCUGUGUGUUAGAGACCUCUUCUAACUAUAGCUGUCAACCGUCCCUUAUUUGGCGGGAAAGUCCCUUAUCCCAGCGCUUUGUCCCGCUGCUGUCCCUUAUUGAUGAUGCCCCUUAAAUUUCCCGGGUUUCAAAGGAAGCAGCUCCUCUCCCUCCCUCCCUGCCGGCCAGGGAGGAGGGAGGCUCCAACUGUGUUGCUUGUCUGCGUUGCUCACCCAAUAAGGAGUCUAAGAAUGACUGGGGGGUGGAGCUUGCAUGCCUUGUGCCGAUCAAAUCGGCCGGGUUGCCUGGGGACUCGCCUUUGCUCAGCGCUUCCCAGCCAAGAGGUGACGGUGGUCUUCCUUGCUGCAUCCCCCUUUGCCGGGUUGCUGCGUUGUGGGAACCACUGCUUGAGGCUUCGUUUGGCUGCUGGCUGGGCUUUCUGCCUUUGGCUCGGAGGGGCUCAGAGGUUGAACAUACCUGUGCCCGGAAAAUCCCUUAUUUUGGCUGCUGAUCCCUUAUUUUUGAGGCUGCUGGUCCCUUAUUUUCAAAUCUGUAAGUUGACAGCUAUGCUUCUAACGGUAUUGAAAAAAUACAGAAUCAUUUUGUUUUUCAAUGGUAUCAAAGAUACUUUCAAUGAUAUUCAUGCAUUGUAUGGCAUGACAAAGAAUGAUUAUCGCUUUCUUGAGCAUGGCUCCCAUUCAUAUGGGAUGCAAACAGGAAUCCAGCUUUGCAACUUCUUGCUCAGUUCCACCCUACAUUCUGGAAGAAUGUGAUCUCUUCAUAGCAUUCAAGAACAUAACACGACAACAAUACUCUUAAAUGUUUUAUGUUUUCUGCCAAAGUGUACUAUUUUGUUAUUGUUGAUAAGUCCAUCUGAAGGUCAGUUGCUGCCAAGAAUACAAUACAUUAUAUAUAUAUUUUUUAAAAAUAUUAAAAGCACAAAGCACAUAGCAGCAGCUCACUUAGAAAAUAACUCCACAUCAAGAAAUGAACUUGCAUAUUGUCAGGGAACUGCCAUCGGAAGGAAGGGAGGUGAAAGGACUCAGACAGGUUGGAAGAGAUUCAGCAGCUGAAGAGGGAACCAGCAGGGGGAGAGAAGCUGAACUGAGGGAAAGGGAGCUGGGGGGAUGGCUCAGAGAUACUUCCAGCGAAAACAGUGGUGAGGUUUCCGGACCUCCUGUAGCGACACCCACUCCUCGCCGGAAACUGUCACGCAGAGAGUCCAGAAGACGUGUUUCCGUUAAGGAGCUUUUAUGUUGGAAGCGAUUACGAAAGCAACCACUGUCGGAAUCUUCUAGUGACUAGAGGAGCCAUGUCAGAGGGGCUCAGUCACAGACAGAGGUUUGUGGACUUGAACAAACUCUGAGGGAAUACGAUUUUACGCACAAGCAGCUCAUAAUCCCAUCACAGCAUUCCGACAGUCUUUGAACGCAGCUUGUGCAGGAGAAGGCAUAAUGAGCAACCCAGCAGGAACCGGAGAAGCAGGGGCUGGAGCGGGUCCAAGCCUGGAAGAAAGGUACCGGGUGUUGGAGGUCCAGCUGGCGCUGCAGACGGCGAGGCUGGAGGAGAGGAGGGCUCAAGAUGCAGACAAAAGGGAGAAAGCCACCCAGCUCGCCAGAAAGGUACCAGGAUUGGUGCAGAAAUUUGGGGGGGAGCCCAAAGACUAUCAUAGCUUUCGGACAGAAAUGCAAUAUGCCCUCAAUCUGCAGUUUGAUGAUUUCCUGAUGAGGAAUCACGAGUGGCUUUUGUGAUUGGGCAUCUUGAAAAGGGGGCGAGAGACUGGGUGAGACCCCUGAUGGCAGCGCAUAGUGACGUCCUAAAGGACACGAUGAAGUUCUUUCGCGCCAUGGAUCUGAUGUUUUCCAGCGAUAUUGAAAAGGGAGUGGUGCGCAGACAGUUAAUGGCUUGCAAACAGGGGAGCCGAUCUGUACGUGAGUACUGGACUGAGUUCACCAUGCUGAUACACAGAUUGGGGUGGGACUUAUCGGCGGAACCCAUUCAAAUGCUCUUUGAAGAAGGGCUUUCUUCGGCUGUGAAAGAUGAACUUUCCCGGGCGCCCAGGGCGGAGUCUAUGGACCAGCUGACCAAAUCAGCGCUGGCCAUAGGAGCGCGCCAGGAGGCGAGAGCAUUGGAGAGGCGGGAAGGGAAAGGGGAACGUUGGAAGGAGUUCCGCAUUCCAGACAUUCCAGAGCCAACUGUCCCGCCGGCAGAGCCGAUGGAAAUCGGAACAGCGCGCGCGCGCAGUUUCACAGCCCAGUGAGGGGGGAAAGAAGGAUGGCACCGGCGCCCGGAAAUGCUAUCUCUGCCAACAGCCAGGGCACUUUGCCAGAGUCUGCCCCCAGAGGAAGGAAUGGCAAGGGAUGGUGGGAGCUGUGGAGGGAAGAGAGGAAAAACAUACCGGAGCAACUAAAAGCCAACGCCUGGCUGCCAUUGUCGGGGCACAGCAGCCAGGCCAAAGAGCAGUGAAAGUGCCCACUCCAGAACCUCCUAAACCCGCCCUAGUGAUAGAAGUGACACUAGAGCUGCCAAACGGACACCCUCUAAAGAUAAAGGCGCUGUUGGACUCAGGCAGCUCCUGCAAUUUCAUGAGCAAAGAGUUUGCAGCUGAACACCAGAUACAGACGCUCCUUUAAGCAACCCCUGCAGGUAACCACGAUCGAUGGCAGGGAGCUGUUGGGAGGAGAAGUCAGCUUGCAGACCGUCCCAAUGAUAAUGAAGGUGGCAAGGCACACCGAACUAAUAGCAUUUAAUGUGGCCACCUUGGGAGGAGCUCCCAUUAUAUUGGGGAUGAGCUGGCUAGCGUUACAUGAUCCGCUGGUGGGCUGGCAUCAAAGAGUGGUUUCUUUUGGGUCAGCACAUUGCUUAGAACAUUGCAAAGAGGGAAGGGUUUUGGCAGGGGCCCAAGCCACUCUAGCAGGGACUGAAGUGACGGAGAACGUGAAGGUACCACGACAAUACGCAGAUCUCCGCGACGUCUUCAGCGAAAGGGAAGCUGACCAACUACCACCGCAUAGAGCCUUUGACUGUCAAAUCAAUUUGCUCCCUGGGGCACAGCUCCCUGUGGGCAAGCUGUACGCCAUGUCAGACAGAGAGAUGCAGGAGCUAAGAGAGUUCAUUGACAAGAACCUGAAGAGAGGGUUCAUCAGAGAGUCCAGGGCGGUGGGGCAGCCCAGUGUUUUUGUCCACAAAAAACACGAACAAGCCGAGACUGGUGUGUGACUUCAGGGCCUUAAAUGCAGUGUCAGAACCAGUGGCCUUCCCGAUGCCCAGGAUUGACGACAUUUUGACAAGGGUGCGGAAGGGAAAGAUUUUUACCAAGCUGGAUCUAAGGGGGGCGUACAACCUGAUACGAAUAAGGAAGGGGGAUGAAUGGAAAACCACCAUGUUCACCCCUUUAGGGGCAUUUGAAUACUUAGUUAUGCCCUUCGGUCUACAAGCAGGCUCCGCAACAUUUCAAUCGUUUAUGAACCACGUCCUGGGGCCGUUGCUUUACAAGAAUUGUGUGGCCUUCUUAGACGACGUGUUGGUGUAUUCUGAGAAUGAGGAGCAGCAUGUGAGAGACGUCAGAGAAGUGUUGAGCAGGCUGCAAGCCAACCAGCUGUGGGUGAAACUGGAGAAGUGUCAGUUUCAUACCAAGGAGGUGGAAUUCCUGGGGUAUCGCCUGUCUGACAAGGGGUUGGCCAUGGAUCCCGACAAGGUCCAGGCGGUACUGGAAUGGAAAACACCCAAAACAAGGAAGGAUGUGCAGAGGUUUUUAGGGUUUGGGAACUUCUAUCGUAAGUUCAUCCCAAACUUUGCCCACCUGACGGCGCCCAUUACGGACUGUCUCAGCAGUAAGAAGAAGUUCGCUUGGACGGAGGAGGCGGAGCAAGCAUUUGAGGACCUAAAAAGGGCCUUCGCCUCGGAACAACAGCUCCUGCAGGUGGCUUUACACAAACCGAGGAUAGUGGAAACUGACGCUUCCGUCAGAGCGGUGGGGGCGGUGCUUCUCCAGCCAGGGAAGGCGGAGUCCGGGUGGAGACCGGGUGCUUUUCUUUCGCGAAAGCUGAACAAAUCCGAGAGGAACUACACGGUGUAUGACCGAGAACUACUAGCCAUUCAUGAGGCGUUCCGGAGAUGGAGGCACCUGCUAAUUGGCGCACAACAUAAGGUGCAAGUGUGCACUGACCACAAGAACCUAGAGUAUUGGAGGACGGCACGAGUGCUCAACCAACGGCAAGUGAGAUGGGCCCAGGAAUUCUCCAAAUUUAACUUUGAGAUUUGUUACGUGCCAGGCCCAGAGAACAUUAGGGCGGACGCCUCUCACGCAAACCUGAAUAUUGGGAGGGGGAGGGAGCACCCGAAGAGAGACAUGUCAUUCCAGAGGACCGCUGGGUGUGUGGGGCGGCAUUGGUGGGACAAAGAGAACUGGUAGAAGAAACAGAGAAUGAUGAAUACGCCCAGAAUAAGCUCAGAGGUCUUAGGGAUGAGGGAGAGGAAUCAAGGGGUUUCGAGGAAAGAAAUGGAGCUUUGUAUUACAAAGGGGCACUGUAUAUCCCUGAAGGAGACUUAAGGGGGAGGGUACUCAAGCAGUUGCAUGACAGCCCCACGAGCGGGCAUUUUGGGCAACACAAAACCAUGUGGUUGGUCACCAGGGAAUUUUGGUGGCCUAAGGUGAGGGAGGAUGUACGUGAGUAUGUAAGAGGGUGCGAGCAGUGCCAGCGAGCCAAAGGGGAAAGGCGGGCGCCGGCGGGGCUAUUAGAACCCUUACCAACACCAGAACGACCUUGGGAGGCAGUGUCGAUAGAUUUUAUGACUGAUCUGCCGAAGUCCAAAGGGAAAACAGCCAUCAUGGUGGUGGUAGACCUACUAACAAAGAUGUGCCACUUUGUAGCUUGCUCGCAUGCAGUCACGGCGGAAGAGACAGCGAAGUUAUUUGUAGAACACAUUUUUAGGUUGCACGGGGUGCCAUUGAGGGUGGUCUCAGACCGAGGAAAACAAUUUACUUCCAGGUUCUGGAGGAAGCUCAUGAGCUUACUGCAGGUGGAGGUCAACUUUCGACUGCCCGGCACCCUGAAACCAACGGGCAGGCGGAAAGAGCAAACGGUGUCCUCCAGCAAUACCUGAGGUGUUAUGUCAAUGACAGAGAGAAUGACUGGGUAGAAAAGUUGGCGCUGGCGGAAUUUGCCUACAACAAUGCCGAGAAUGUGUCCACAGGGAUGAGCCCUUCUUGGCUAAUUAUGGGUGUCAUCCCAGGGCUUCCCCAGGGCGAGCACGGGAGAGAUGGAGCGCACCGGCAGCCGAGCAUUUUGUAGAAGAAAUGGAAGCAAUCCACCGUCAGCUCCAACUCAACUUAGAAAGGGCGAAGGAAGAAUACAAGAGGCAGGCAGACAAGAACCGAAGGGAAGGUGAAACCAUAAGGGUUGGAGAUAGGGUGUGGCUGUCAACCCGAGGGUUGCCGCUCAAAGGAGGUUGUAAGAAAUUACGACCCAGGAGGUUGGGUCCCUUUGAGGUCAUUCAACAGGUCAACCCAGUGGCUUUCAGGCUCCGGUUACCCAACCACAUGAAACUGCACCCAGUAUUUCACAGGUCGCUACUGUCACCGUACGAGGGGGACGAGAAGGGAUGGCCACUGGGGACCGGUCAUAGAAGAAAGAGAAUGCAGCAGUCAUGUGGCAGAAAUCCUUGAUGCCAGGUGGAAGGGGAAUUGCUAAGUAAAUAGUUCCAUCAGCGCAAGGCUUUCUCAUUGUACAAUAGAACUUUCCCUCUUCUCCUCCCCUCAUACGCCCCCUAAAUCUGUUCUAGGGGGUUUCCCCAACCCUCCAAAGUAGAAAGAGGAUAGGAGAAGGAGUCAUUGACAGGCACUGCUAAAUCCCCAAGAAGGCUUUUCAGUGGUUUGUUUAAGGCUGGCAGAACCGAGAGAAGAGCACAAAUUUACAGAUUGUUCAGAGUCCACAAAGUGUGGCUGGCCUGGGUAGCUCCCACCUGCUUCUCCCAACUUCCAAGACCAGGACAUACCGUAUUUUUUCGUGUAUAAGAUGACCCCCAUUUUUUUUAAACCCAAAAUAAAGAAAUUAAGUUGUUUAGCUUUUUUGGGGGAUGGGGGAGGUCACUUCCAAUCUGAAACCAUACCUGACCCUGCUUAGCUUUGCAAAUUUGCUAGCAGUUGUACUGCUGUACCACCAGGAGGAUAGGAGGCAAAGCUCUGCUUCUUAAUCUGAAAUAUGUGGGAAUAGGCUGCACUAGCUCAGGAUUGAGGAGAAGGCACUUUGCACAUGCCUGGAGGCACAUUUUUUAAUUAUUACUUCACAUAUUUCAGACCUCAGUUCUGGUAUUCAAAACAAAUUCCAGAGUAGGCCCUCACAAAAGUGAAAACCUGAUCAGAUCCUUUGCUGCUUCCCCCCUAAAAUCAAAUUAUCUCAUUUUUUUUCUUUAAAGAAAUGUUUUAUAUAUUUUAAUUUUAUACUACCCAACCCAACUGAUUAUUCCUGUUUGCUCUUUGGGGGAGAAAGAGAGAGAGAGAGAGAGAGUUGUCUCUGCAAUUGUCUAAAAUGGGUCAGCAAACUAAGGCCCCUGGGCCAGAUCCGGCCCAUGAAUGGUUCUGCAAUCACCGCUUGGAUCAGCGCAAUCACAAUUUUUUUCAGCAUCGUUUUUUGGCAAAUUUCCCCCCUCCCUCCCUCACUGCGGUGGCAUCUCCUCCCUCCCUCUUCUUGGCUUCUCCCCGCCCUGCGGAGGAAGAGGGCUGGGCUUUGAUAGGAAGCCUUGCCGCCCGCCCACUGGUCUUCCUCCAUGGCCACGCUGUGGGCUGGAGCUUGGUGCGCCUGCUGACCCUGCGCCUGGCACCUGGGAAAGCUGGCUCAAAAAGGAGAGGCACCACCGGCUCCAAACCACAGGCGGAGCGAUGGAGGAGGUAGGAAAGCAUGGGGAAUGGAGGGGCUGGGGGGGAGAGAGAAGUCCCCCUCCGCCACAUGCGUAUGUGCGCACAGUACGGCCCACGACAAGGUAUUGGGGCAGUGAACCGGCCCCCUCCUAAAAAAGUUUGCUGACCCUUGGUCUAAAACACUACAGAAACGGAGUCAUUUUCUUCAUAUAAUGGUUUCUUAAAGGUAAAGGUACCCCUGUCCGUUAGGUCCAGUUGCAGAUGACUCUGGGGUUGCGGCGCUCAUCUCGCUGUAUUGGCUGAGGGAGCCGGCGUACAGCUUCCGGGUCAUGUGGCCAGCAUGACUAAGCCGCUUCUGGCGAACCAGAGCAGCGCAUAGAAACGCCGUUUACCUUCCCGCCAGAGCGGUACCUAUUUAUCUACUUGCACUUUGAGGUGCUUUCAAACUGCUAGGUGGGCAGGAGCAGGGACCGAGCAACGGGAGCUCACCCCGUCGCGGGGAUUCGAACUGCCGACCUUCCGAUCGCAAGCCCUAGGCUCUGUCUUUUAACCCACAGCGCCACCCAUGCUGGUUUCUUAGAAGCUCCAAAUAGUCUGAGGCACUGACAGAUCUGAUUUAUAUCUACUGAGCUAGAUUACCUUCCACCUCCCCAUAUCAUUCUAACCCUAACCCUAACCCUCCCCUUCAUCCAUAGGCAUACAUAGAAGAGUGAGAUGGGAGGGCGAGACCAUUAUCUUCAUCAGUGCUGGUCCAUGCUAGUUCAGUACUGCUGCACUGGUAAAAUCAAGUGUGUAGUUUGUUCAGGUUCCAUUAUCUUAUGUGUACAUGGCCCAGUGGGGGAUGAGCACUAUUUGGACUUGUGUCUCUCUGAUUCCAGAGUAUCUUGGGCCAUCUCCUAAAAUGCCACAUGUUUAAAAUGUCCAUCUUGGUAGCGUUCUGCAUCUCAGUGAGCAAAGAGAGCCCAGGGAAGCUAUGAUCUGUGGCAGAGGUUUUCAACCUUUUUGAGUCCAUGGCUCCCUUAGCCAACUACAUUCCCUCUGCCGGUACCCCUGUGGGGCUCAGGAGCCCAGUUAUGUCAUCCAUUGCCUGCAGAGCCGGCAGCCUCUCACCCUUUUUCGAACACCCUUGUGGAGUGUUCCCUCAGCCUCCUCGCCUCUCCCCUCUCCUUGGGAGUUCUCUGGGCAGCCGCUGCUGCUGCCCCUGGUCUCUCAGCUGCCCCCACCCCUUGCCCCAUAGAGAGGUGCCUACCAGAGGCAUCAUUCACCUGCGGGACUCAUAGCCGGGGCUGCUGCAACAAACAGCUGUUCAAGCCUUGGGGAGGUGAGAGGGCAUCAGAGGAGGGAGGGAAGGAAAGAGGGGCAGAGGCCAGUGUUGCACGCCUGACCAUCAUUCAAGGCACCCUAGGGUGCCACGGCACACUGGUUGACAACCACUGAUCUAUGGGGUUAUCUGUUUGAUAAAACCUGCCCCCUCCCAGCAAGAAGUUUAAUCAAGGAUAGCUCUCAGAACAAAACAGCCUUGCAGUGAAAUAAAUGUAAUCUUGAGGGACCACUAUGUCUUGGGUCGGAUAUAACAAUAAACAAUGGCAAUGUCACUAUAAUUCUGAAUCAUGGUUGGUUGCCAAACUAGGAUCUGAAACCACACCUUGAUCCUGUUUGUUUGCACUUGGAAUGAACCGGUUUCCUGAGCUGGUACAGAACAGAAAAUUGGUUUUGUAGAUGGAGGAAGAGAAGCACUUCCUGCAGCACAUUCCAGGCACACUAAACAAUGGUGUAAUGUUAUGUCUGAACUGGCGCUAUGUAGGUUUACUGACCUAGCUUUUAAGAUUAAAAUACAUUGUGUUGCAUUUGUAGUACUGGGUAUCCAUUAAAGUUGAACACUUUGAAAGUGGUCCCAUAUUUCGCACUGCUUCAAGGAGGGCUCCAGGUCUCGAUGUGUUGAAGACCACAACCCAUUUGCAGUGAAUGCAGAAAUCCUCAGUUGCCAGUAGAGGGCCGCAGACUAUACAACUGAAUCGUCCAUUAAAACUUCCCGCUCUCUUGCAAACUGGACAGCACUGUGCACGCUGUGAAACAGCAAUUCGUGCUUGUCUUUGCUUGCACUUCCCAAAUAGCCCCCUCUUUCCAGAGAAGCUAUCACAGAGGGAUUGCAGCAAGCUAGAAGGAUGCUGAUCUGCAGUUCCUGGUGGUCUUUCAGUGUGUCUUUUAAGGCGCUAACACCAGCUGUGUCCAAAAACGGAACGGAAGAGCAGUCUAUGACGACAGCCUGGAAGUCGCUGUGUUUAUUAACCAAGCGUGAAGUCGUAUCUCCCUGUCCAAAUCCCUUUUCAAGACUUUGUUGCCCUUUCCUCUUGGCUUUAUUCCUUUUGGCCAUUUCCACAGCAGGAUCCAGCCCUGUCCUGUUGUGGAGGCACUUCAGGAAGAAAUCCUUAUUUGCAUAAUAAAGCGGGGCUUCGAACCGGAAUAUCUUGACCCUUGGCACAGGAAGGAGGUUUUUGUACUCCCCGUCAUCUUCAUAGAAGACUGUGCUCCCAAUCUGCCCCAGCAAGGCAGCGCGAGGGCGCUGGGUGCGGCCGAUGAUGCACAGGAUGGAAAAAACUGCCCCAACCAAGAGCCCCAAUUCAGUGCUGAUCAAGGCAGAGGAAAGCAUGGUGACGCACCACACCAGGGCGUCCGUUCGGUCCAGGCGGUAGCGCCGGGGGACGUCCCUGAAUUUCCGAAGGGCUCCUCUCAGGCUGACGAUGAUGAUGCACGCCAGAACGCACUUCUGCAAGUUGAAGAAGAGGGGCGCAAAGAAAAGCAGCACCAGCAACACAACCACGGCGCUCACGACACUGGACACCUGGGUCUGGCACCCGGUCGAUGCCUUGACCAGGGUUUUCGCCAGCGCCGCGCUGGUGGCAAAGCAGUGGAAGAAAGCCGGGAUGAUGUUGCAGAAGCCGAUGGCAAACAUUUCCUGGUUGGCCCUGACGGUGUAGGCGUACUUCUUGGCAAACAUUUCCGAGAGCGAAACGGUGAAGGCGAAGCCGACGAUGGCGAGAGGGAAGGCGUCGAGGGCGACUCUCUGCAUGAGGCGUAAACUGGGCACCUGGGGAGGGAUAAAUCCGGUGGGGAUUUCGCCCGACACGCUGGAGGCGUAGGCUUCGUUCAGGCGCCCGUAGUGGGAAACCAAGGUUGCCACCACAAUCACCACCAGCUCCGUGGGAAGAGGGACCUUGAGCCUGUGCUUAUACCUGUCUCCCAGUUCCUUGGCGGUCACCAGAACAGUGAUGCAGAUGGCGCUCGUGACCACAUCGCAGAGGUUGGCCUGGGCGAUGUUGCGGAAGAUGUUGACCCAGGUGGUUAUCAAGAUCCCGUAUCCCUGGGCACGGGGGAUUUUUACCCCGAUGAGAUACUUCACUUGAGCUGUUAAAAUGGUUACGGAAGCGCCGGUUGCGAACCCGUCUAGCACGGGCUCGGAAAGGUACAUCGAGACGAAGCCUAAGCGGAAAAUCCCCAUCAGUACCUGCGAGGAAAAAAACGAGAGAAAGCGUAAGACACAGCUGUGGCUUUGGUUAAGGACAGGAGGCUGCCCCUGCCCCCCUAUUUAAGCACAAAACUAAAGACCAAGAAGGAGCGAAGGGGAGAUCUAUGGAGCCGAGAGUAAAAACCCAGCAGCAGUAGCAGAAGGGAGUGGAAAAAGAAGGAAGACAAGGAAGAAUGAAGGAAAAAUCCCUUCCAAGGUGGCGUUCCUGCCUCUUCUCUUUUGCCAUGCAUUGAGCAGCUGGCAGUACAACCUGCAGUGGAGAUGGCAGGAAAUAGAACUGGAGGGGGUUGUCUCAGCCCCAAGGUGUAUUCUCUGAGAGAUUUUACUUCCUGCCAGUGGAGAGAUGGGCAGAGACAACCCACACAGCAUCUCAUUUCAUCCCUACAGAAGAACGAGAAUAAGUGUAAGGCGCAACAGUGGCUUUGCUUAAUGGCAGGAGGCUGCUCCUGCCUCUCUGGCAUCUUUCAUUUUAUUCACCUCCCCUUGUCUGUCUUGUACAGAAAAAAUGGAGUUCUGCAAGCAAUAUCUGCGGUGGCAAACCUAGACCAUCUCAUUUUUUAGCGCAAUUUUGCGGUUAUACAGUGGUACCUUGGGUUAAGAACUUAAUUCAUUCUGGAGGUCCGUUCUUAACCUGAAACUGUUCUUAAUCUGAAGCACCACUUUAGCUAAUGGGGCCUCCUGCUGCCGCCGCACCGCCGGAGCCCGAUUUCUGUUCUUAUCCUGAAGCAAAUUUCUUAACCUGAAGCACUAUUUCUGGCUUAGUGGAGUGUGUAACCUGAAGCGUAUGUAACCUGAAGCGUAUGUAACCUGAGGUACCACUGUACUCAUAUGUGAGAGACAGGUUUUGGGAGUAAAUCGCAAGAAAAAAUUCAUACCUGCUGCCUUGCAGGACAUCAACUUUGGUCAAUGGGUAGAUCACUGCCAGUUCGCAGUCUCUAGGGAGUUGGAUAUAUACAGUACACUGGCUUCAGCAAAUUGAGCAGUUGAGACCAGUGGUGCCUCCAAUGGUCAAGAAGGCAGUUUCUGCACGUGCUAUAGAAGGAAGUGAGGGGCAGAUGGGGCUCAUCAACCUGGGAAGGUAGCCCAUCUAGGAGAAGGGAAACCGAUCCCAAACCUCUGUUGCCUUGUGGGAUAUCUUUGGGAGAAGAAAGGUCUAAGGAGUAUACCCUAAACAACUAUGGAGUGGAGUCUCUAAGGGUUGAAUGGCAUAUUGUACACCUCCUGCAGGCAAGCUAGUGCCCAACUUAUUGCUCUUCUUUUCUUUGGACCCCAUCAGUGAGGCUGAGAGGGGGGUCUUGUUAUCUGGGCAGCCCAGGGCCUCCAUACACACUACCCGGGCUUGCAUUCCAGGAAUGCCAACACAACACUAACACAACGUUUUGACUUCAUCCCCAGAGGCACACCGUAUUGUGUUUCAAGACAGACAGAUGCCAACAACGACAAAGAAAUACAUGGGGCCAUCUGCAGAGAAAGGACAUGCUUUACCACUUUACUCUUCCCCAAACGCGUUUUCCAGUUUUAUGCUGUCUCCUUGAAUUUGUUGUGCUUCUGGAUUUUAACUGGCUUUGGAUACUUGGCUAGUUUGAACUGUAGCUUGUGAUAGUUGUUUUGAUUUUGUCAGCCUCUUUGGGCAGGGUGAUGCAGGGGCAUAGUUUGGAGGUGCCAGGAGGGCCGUGGCCCUGGGUGCACAGUUUUUGUGGGGGUGCAAACCAGACACCCACAGCACGGCCUGAAGCUCCUCUCCAUCCACCAAGGGGUGCAUUGGCCGGUCGGGCUCCCCCCUGUGUGGGUGGGCAGGUGGCUCAACAUGGCCCCGCUUUGCUCUGGUGAAGGUUGGGUCACGUAGAGGGCUGGACUGGUGUCCCCUCACUGGGCACGCAUCCGCAUCCCGCUUGCCCAUCUGCCCCGGGCACCAAUAACUGCUGCUACACCACUGGGGUGAUGGAGGAUUGAAUAAACACACAUACAGUGGAACCUCUAUUUGCGACCAUAAUCCGUUCCAGAGGUCCGUCCAGAGGUUGAAAUGGGUCGCUGGUAGAGGCGCCAUUGUGCGCAGGCAGGGAUUGCCCGCUUCUGCGCAUGCGCGAACGGCGAUUGCUGCUCCUGCGCAUGCUCAAACAGCAGCAAACCUGCCAGUUACUUCCAGGUUUGCCGUGGUCGCGACUUGGAACAACCGUAAGAAGAGGCGGUGGUAAGUACAUACUGUAACUGAGACCUAAAGGGCAGGUGAAGAUGUUACCUGAUAGAUGCCAGCCAUCAAGGUCACCGCUGUCGCUACCCCAAUGGCAUAGCAGUCUUUCCCACAUUCGGUGCUCAUCACGUCAAGGGUAACAUUGUGAAGCGAAACAUUCAGGGGGCCUUCCUGAGAGUCGUCGUCGAGGUCAAAUCCUGCCAGCAGCAGUUCUCUGUCCACCACCUGCCCGACCAGUAGGCUUAAUAAGCUGAAGAUGCCAACGGACACGUGUCGCGAGGUGCCCAUGAGGAAGUAGAUGAUGUUGGCAAAGAAGGAGGUGUAAAGGCUAUAAAUGGGCUUCAGACCUGCCAGCAGGGAGUAGGCGAUCGCUUGAGGGACUAAAAUAAUCCCGAUGACCAGGCCAGACAUGACGUCCCCCCAAACAUACUCUUUGCAGUUGUAUUUGGGAAGCCAUUGCAGCACAGGGAAGAAGUCAGUGGCUGCCUUUUUCACCCGUUUUGUGCUGCAGGAACAGUUUUUUCUCAGUUGGCUUUUCAGCAUGUCUGUCUUCCUCAUCUUGACCGGAGUCUUUCUUUCCAUGUAAAUCUGGAAAGGAGAUCCAUUUUCCAGUCUGGCUGUCUCCAUUUCCUUCUCCAUUCUAGGUCUGUGUUAAUCAGUUCCUAGGAUGUAAACAGAUUAACAUUUGAAUGGUCUGGUUGUGAAGCACAUUUUCUGUUUCUUUUAUCAUGCUGCAAUCAAGCUAAUGUAUAGUUUAGCAUGGAGUUGGUGUUUUUGGAAAAAGAAAAUAUUAUUAUUACUAUUACUGUGUAUAUACUAUUCCAUCACAAAGAUUCUGGGCUAUUUAAAUUAAUCAUAGAGUCAUAGAAUCAGUGCUUUUUUCCUGGGGGUACGCAUACCCCUAAACAUUUUGUGAAUCUAAGUUUGGCCUCAUUGAGGGGCAGUAUUUCAAUAUGAGUAGGAAAAUGAGAGUACCCCUAAACAUUGUUUUAGAAAAAAAGCACUGCAUAGAGUUAGAAGGGACCAUAAGAGUCAUCUAGUCCAACCUCUUGCAGUGCAGGAAUGUUUUGCCCAACGCGGGGCUCAAACCCACAACCUUAAGAUUUAAGAGUCUCAUGCUCUACUGGCUAUUUGCUUGCCUGGCCCUGCAUGUGCUGCUCCCUGUGGCUUUUCCUGUUGCACGCCUGCCCCGUCCUUUCGCCUGCUUGGCAAACGAGCCUUCCUCUGCUUUGGUGAGUCUCGAAAACUUCGCCCAAGAGCAUUGUGCAAAGGGGGAGCUGUUUAGGUCGGGGUCAGCAACCUUGGGCCACACGCGGCCCAUGGGGGUCAUUUAACCGCCCCUCGAGCCGCUCCCGAACUGAGCCGCCCGCUCGGCGCGUCCACGCUGUGCUAAACCGGCGCAGCACGGUGCAGGGACUCGCUUCUGUGGCACCGGAAAUCGCACAUGCGCAGACGCCAGAAAUCAUGUCUACGCAGAUGCCGGAAAUUGCGGGCGCGAUCCGGACCAUGGAGGGAUCUCCGCUGGAGUGAACCGGCCCAGGCAAGGUAAACCUUGCCAACCCCUGGUUUAGGUGCUAUAUCAUACGGCUACUCCUUCCCUCCUUUUUGUGUGCUGUGCUCAGAUCAUUACUAGUGAACAGUGUGUGGCAUGAAGUGGGGGGCUCAAACACCUGCCAUUAGGGGCGGCUGGAGACUUCACCUGUGGGGCUGGGGCUGCCUCUGCUACGUGUUCUCAUAGCAUGAGGAUACGGUGGUGCUGUGUGUCUUGGGGACAGAGAAGUGUCCUUGUGAGUUCAUUGCUUCUUUCCUGCGGAGUGUGAGCUGCACUGCUGCCACAGCAAGCAUUAUGCUAUUUUCUGCUUGUGUUUUCCCUCAUUCUCUCCUCCUGGGCUGUUGUGGCGCUGUGCCUAAACAACUGAGCAUCUUGGGCUUGCCGAUCAGAAGGUUGGCAGUUAGAAUCACCGCAAGGGGGUGAGCUCCCGUUGCUCCGUCCUAGCUCCUGCCAACCUAGCAGCUCGAAAGCACGCCAGUGCGAGUAGAUAAAUAGGCACCACUGCGGCAGGAAGGUAAAUGGCGUUUCCAUGCACUCUGGUUUGUGUCACAGUGUUCCGUUGCGCCAGAAGCGGUUUAGUUAUGUUGGCCACACGACCCAGAAAGCUGUCUGUGGACAAACGCCGGCUCCCUCAGCCUGAAAGCGAGAUGAGUGCCGCAACCCCGUAGUUGCUUUUGACUGGACUUAACCGUCCAAGAGUCCUUUACCUUUUACCAGUAAAGUGCUGGCAUCUCUUUCCUCACUAUAAUUUCUCUAUAGGAUUUCUCAUUUAAACAAACAGCCCAGUUAAAACAGCAAAUAGAUUUUUUGCUGCAGCAUAGACAGAAGGUUCCAAAACAGAUAGAAGAUUAUGGUUAGUGCUUAAAGCAGCACUGUUCAUCUUUUUCUAUAUUACAUGUCCAGUUGAAAUAGAAAGUCUACCAGCAGAGGCUGCUAGAGGAAAAUGAAACCAGCUUUAGGGCUUUAUGGGUUCACCUCACAGCACCUUUAAACAAGGAAUCAUGCUCAUUUUAAAAAAGAUAAAUCAAAUCAUCUGUGCCUUGCUUUUUGUUACUAGAGAUCUAAAUCUAUUUCUAUCAGCUGGUCUUUUUUUAUAGGAAGUCUCCCUCUCAAUGAAGCUCCACCAUUCAGGAACCAAUUUUAGUUCUUCAGAUUCAGUUGCCAGCCCAGAAACUGCUUGCGACCCAGUCUUACAAUUUCAUUGCUCUGUGGGCUUGCCAUGGGAUAUAGGGAGGCACCUGGAAUUAGGAAAUAUUACCCCCCCAACUGCAACGAGACCCCAGCCCCAUCUCAUCCCAUCAUUUUUAUACAGUCAAGUCUGAAAUGUUGUUAUAUCUGGGACUGAGAACAUUAGGUUGUCUCCAAUGUUAGUCCUACUCAGAGUAGACCCGUUGAAAUGAAUGGCCAUGACUUAGUCCCUUAAUUUCAGUGGGUCUACUCUGAGUAGGAUUAGCAUGGAUUGCUACUGCAUGAUUGCCAAACUGGUGAAAGAUCUAACACAGUCACCUGUCUAUUGCUACUCCGACUGGGAAUUACUGUUAUUUUAUGUAUACCAGGCAUGUCCAACUGGUCGAUCGUGAUCUACUAGUCGAUCGCGGGGCAUCCCUGUUCGAUCGCGUCAUCCUGAGCGAUCACCCAAAAAAAGAAAAAGAAAGCUCAACAACUUUGCGUCUUCCUCCCCCCAAAAAUCGCAACAACUUUGGUCAAUCCAACUUUGGUCAAUCACUGCCAGGUUUUUUUUUAUAGUGGGAGUAGAUCACAGUCUCUUGGGAGUUGGACAUGCCUGAUGUAUACAGUACACUGGCUCCAGCAAAUUGAGCAGUUGAGACCGAUGGUGGCUCCAAUGGUCAAGAAGGCAGUUUCUGUACCUGCUGUCGGGGAGGGGCAGAUGGGGCUCAUCAACCUGGGAAGGUAGCCCAUCUAGGAGAAGGAAAACCGAUCUCAAACCUCUGUUGCCUUGUGGGAUAUCUUUGGGAGAAGAAAAGUUUAAGAAGUAAACCCUACACAAAUCUGGAGUGGAGUCUCUGAGACUGUUGGAUGGCGCCUUGUACGCCUCCUUCCCGCAACUCCUGCAACCAGGCUGGUGCCAAGUUUGACUAGACCCACAAAGAUGCCCUCCAUUGUCGCUUGAGGAAAAGAAAGAGUGAGAUGGGUGCACUGUACACUGUGGGUGUCAAGAUAUAUAUGUCUAUAUUAAGUAUCGUGUCUUAAUGGAUAUAUUUAGUUAUUCCUCUGUAGCUGUGGUGGUUAGAUGUAAGAGAGGUCUCUUCUUAAGGAUUGUAAGGACUGUUCACAUAAUAUUUUGAGAGGUGUCAUUAGGUGUCUUUUCUGAAUGAACAUUGUGCUGUCAGAGAGCAAUAUCUCAGUACAGUGGUACCUCAGGUUACAUACACUUCAGGUUACAGACUCCACUAACCCAGAAAUAGUACCUCGGGUUAAGAACUUUGCUUCAGGAUGAGAAUAGAAAUUGUGCAGCGGCGGCACGGCAGCAGCAGGAGGCCCCAUUAGCUAAAGCGGUGCUUCAGGUUAAGAACAGUUUCAGCUUAAGAACGGACCUCCGGAACGAAUUAAGUACUUAACCCGAGGUACCACUGUAAUUAUGUAAAUAAGCUUACUAGGAGGUAAGUCACAUAUAACUUUGUAGGUCACAGAACAGGGUAGUUAACAGGGAAUAUUACACACACACACAUUUUUAGCUAUUAGCAACUAUCCCAUAAUGCAUCAAAGCUUAAGGGGGAGUAAAUCAGAGGUUUCACUUUGAGACUCUGAGCAAGACUAUAGUUGUUAAAGGUUAACGAACACUCCUUUUAUAGCGUUUUGUUGAAAUUUCCGCUUCAAACAACCCGUCUUUUACUUUGUUUAGCCAUAAAUGAUGUUUAUUGCUUUCUGUGAGAUGGUACAGCACUGCUUAAUGAUUUUCUUGGAAGCAGAAAUGUACCCAAGUAAACUAGUUAAAGAAUCAGGGCAAUUAAAAAACAUACUGAGAAGUUCCCUUGACCUGACUUGCUCCGUCUUCGUCCUAUUUUUGUGUGCUGAAUGUUAACAACUAAGUCAAAUGUCAGGAAAUUGGUAACACGUAACAGCAUUCCAGCUGGCAGAAAAUUAUUUAAAAGGAAGCCGCUUAGAAGGCUGCAACUUUCAGGUAAGGCUUAGAAUACUAACAGUGUUAGGAUAACAUAUCAGUCUUUAAAGAAAAAGUAUCAUCUUAAUGAAAGGGACGCUGGUGGCGCUGUGGGUUAAAAGACAGAGCCUAGGGCUUGCCGAUAGGAAGGUCGGCGGUUCGAAUCCCCGCAACGGGGUGAGCUCCUGUUGUUCGGUCCCUGCUCCUGCCAACCUAGCAGUUUGAAAGCACAUCAAAGUGCAAGUAGAUAAAUAGGUACCGCUCCGGCGGGAAGGUAAAUGGUGUUUCCGUGCGCUGCUCUGGUUCGCCAGAAGCAGCUUAGUCAUGCUGGCCACAUGACCCGGAAGCUGUACGCCGGCUCCCUCGGCCAAUAAAGCGAGAUGAGCACCGCAAUCCCAUAGUCAGCAACGACUGGACCUAAUGGUCAGGGGUCCCUUUACCUUUUAUCCAAACAUGUAAAAUAUUGUGUUUUAAUCUGGUUUUUAGCUUAUCGUUGAUUUUUUUCGGGGGGUGGGGAGAUGAUUUCAAUAUAGUGGUACCUUGGGUUACAGACGCUUCAGGUUACAGACUCUGCUAACCCAGAAAUAGUACCUCGGGUUAAGAACUUUGCUUCAGGAUGAGAACAGAAAUCGUGCUCCAGCAGCGCGGCAGCAGCGGGAGGCCCCAUUAGCUAAAGUGGUGCUUCAGGGUAAGAACAGUUUCAGGUUAAGAACGGACCUCCAGAAUGAAUUAAGUUCUUAACCCGAGGUACCACUGAAGCUUUUACUUUUUUACUGAUAAUUUUAUUUUUUUAAUAAUAGUAAUAAUAAUAAAAUUUAUUUAUAUCGCGCCCUCCCCAGCCGAAGCAAAUAGUGCAAUACUCUUUUUGUAAACCGCUUUGAGGUUUUAUUAUAAUCCAGUUGUAUAUAAAGCUUGUGAAAUAAAUAAUAAAGUAAAAUAAUGAAAAAUGGAACAAAGCACACUUUUAUAGUGUCUUGUUUGACCCAUUUUCUCAUAACAAACCUUCAGUUGCCACCUUGGGCUGACUCAGUCUGAUGUUGUCCUAGGCACAAAAUGAACCCAUUGAAAGGAAAUAAGGCCUAAAGGUUUAGAGUGUGAGCGGUGAGCUAGAAAGCAGCUGGGACAGGGUCUCAACUCAUCAAUGAGUGCACUAGUGCUUCAGGCAACCUGUUCUCCCCACCUCAGUUUCCACAUCUGCUAUGUGGGGAUAAUAUUAAUUUAGAACAUUUUUUAAUCUGACUUUUCAGAAGCUCAAGGCAGCUUACAGUCAUUAAAAGCAGAAUGAAAACAUACACGCAUCCUGCUAAUAAAUAUAAAGCCAUUUCAAAUAUCCCUAGGCCUCCAGGCAGGCAAAUAAAUAAAUAAUGCCAGCAGAUCUCCACUCAGUCAGCUUAACACAGUCACCUAAAGGCUUGUGGGCAGAUACUUCUUGCAGAAGGUAAUCCCAUGGUCAUGAGGCCACGACUGAACAGGCCGCCCUCCUUGCCACAGAUGACUGCACCUUCCAGGCUGAGGGAACAGAGAGAAGGACCCUUAAAAAUGUUUUCAUUGAACCAUAUACCGUAUUUUUCGCCCCAUAGGGCGCACCGGCCCAUAGGGCGCACCUAGUUUUAGGGGUGGGAAAUAAAGGGGAAAAAACUUAUUUCCCCCCCAGGCGCGGGACUGGGGCGGGGGAAGCCCGAGCUCCCCCCAGCCCCCAGAACAGGCUGCUAUCCACAAGCCUAGGGAGCCUGGCGGGAAGUCGUGCCGGUCUCCCCAGGCUUGCGGAAUCUGCCCGAAGCCCGGGGUGCUUGCCCCAGGCUUCGGGAUGCAGGCUGCUGUCCGCAAGCCUUGGGAGCCCGGCGGGAAGUCGCGCCGGGCUCCCACGGCUUGCGGAGAGCUGCCUGAAGCCCGGGGUGCGCUCCGCUGCGGAGAGCUUCCUGAAGCCUGGAGAGGGAGAGGGGUCGGUGCUCGCUCUCCAGGCUUCAGCAAAAGUCUGCAUUCGCCCCAUAGGACGCACACACAUUUCCCCUUCAUUUUUGGAUGGGGAAAAGUGUGUCCUAUAGGGCGAAAAAUACGGUACUUUAAUAAUAAUAAUAAUAAUAAUAAUAAUAAUAAAUUAUUUAUAUCCCGCCCUCCCCAGCCGAAGCUGGGCUCAGGGCGGCUAACAACAAUCAAAAUAAUCCAACAUUCUAAAAACAUUCAUUAUAAAAUUAAUUAAAAUCAAAUUGAUGGCAACCAUUAAGCAAAAUUCUGUGCUGAUUGCCAGAGGAGGGUGUCAGGCUGCGCCCUGACCAAAGGCCUGGUGGAACAGCUCUGUCUUGCAGGCCCUGCGGAAAGAUGUCAGGUCCCGCAGGGUCCUAGUCUCUUGUGACAGAGCGUUCCACCAGAUUGGAGCCGCGGCCGAGAAAGCCCUGGCUCUAGUUGAGGCCAGCCUAACCUCUCUGUGGCCUGGGAUCUUCAGGAUGUUUUUAUUUGCAGACCGUAAAUUUCUCUGUGGGACAUAGCAGGAGAGGCGGUCCCCUAGGUACGAGGGUCCUAGGCCGUAUAGGGCUUUAAAGGUUAAAACCAGCACCUUAAACCUGAUCCUGUACUCCACCGGGAGCCAGUGCAGCUGGUAUAGUACCGGAUGAAUAUGAUCUUGCAGCGAAGACCCCAUAAGGAGUCUCGCCGCGGCAUUCUGCACCCGCUGGAGUUUCUGGGUCAGUCUCAAGGGCAGCCCCACGUAGAGGGAGUUACAAUAAUCCAGUCUGGAGGUGACCGUCGUGUGGAUCACAGUGGCUAGGUCAGGGCGAGAGAGAUAAGGGGCCAACUGCUUAGCUUGGCGGAGAUGGAAAAAUGCCGCCUUUGUUAUAGCUGUAAUCUGCGCCUCCAUAGAGAGGGAGGUAUCUUAACGGACGAUGCUGGCACUAAUUGCACCCCUGCAAGAGAUGGGAGUUGCCCCCUCAAUUCCAUAUCCCUUUACAAGGUUAUUGCCAUCCAGGAUUGCCGAGGUCCACAUCUGUGGGGAGUCGAUCUUUCAAUGGGUUGUAUCCAAAGUAGCGCUCGGAUUUCCGCUUGCUCAAUGGACCGUCCCCUUUCCCUCCUCCCCCUGCGUUCCCCCUAGAUCUGUUCUAGGGUUCCCGCAACCCUCCAGAGCAAAUUUAGGAAGGGGGUGUGGUGUGCACAGCGAGAGAGGGAGGGGAGUUCUGUUGCACAAGUAUGAGUCAUUGCGCUAGCAGUGUUUCUCAAACCUGGGUCUCCAGCUGCUUUUGGACUACAGUUCCCAUCAUCCCUGACCACUGGUCUUGCUAGCUUGGGAUGAUGGGAGUUGUAGUCCCAAAAAGAGCUGGAGACCCACGUUUGGGAAACACUGCAAAGGAACAAAUGCAUUGAUCACUGCCUUAUGCUUUGCCAUUCCCUGCCUGUUAAGAUUUAGCAGGCACCUUCCUUGUCUUCUUCUAGACCUCUCCUAAACCCUUUUACUUAUUUAUCUCAUCAAGCCUAUGCAAACAUACAAUUUAGUUUACGCAUACUUGCUUUUAAGUUUUACCGAUUUUAGCUGUUUAUUAUUUGACACUGAUGCAAACCGCCAAGAGAUUUUUUUAAAAAAAAAUCAAGCCACUUGCAAAUUCUUCUAAAGAAGUUAAAUACUUGGAACACCCAGAAAAGUUGCUGCAUGAAUGCCUACUGUUCUAACCAAAGCUGGUUUUCACGCGCCACAAAGAGAGUGCCGAAAGCAUUUUGCAGAGAGGAAAUGGCAUGAGCAAGCACCUUGUGGAAUUGAAAUUAGUGGCACUAUAAACAGUUCUCUCAAACGGGGGCAAGACUGGCUCUGAUCGCUAAUGACCUGAUCAGAGGAAUAUUCUCUUAUUUCAAAGCUACCGUCUUCAUCCUCUCCAAAAAGAGCUAAGCCACACAUCCUGCAAAAACAAAUCAAACCCACCAGUGUUUGACACUCGAAGCGCGCUGAAACCUAUGGUACCUUCUUGAAUGAAUGAAUUAAUAUAUAUACUAUAUUAUAUUAUGUACUAUAUAUAUAUAUAUAUAUAUAUAUAUAUAUAUAUAUAUAUAUAAAACACAACAGAUCUAUUGUUUUUGCUACUGUAUUUAGAUUUAUGCCGUUCCCCUUUUCACCUGUGAUAUCACACAGACAUUUAAGCUCUUGCAAUGUGAAAGAAGAAUAUGCUUUUCUUACCUAUCUUGGUCAGCAAUGCAUGUGAAGCAAGUAACAAAUGAGAAUCACACCUGCCUUCCACAAUCUCUGCACCCAGGCAGGUGGAUGCUGAGGAGGGAGGUGAAUAUGCUUUAAUACUUGUGGGCAGUACCAUAAGCCGUGCUAGGUAAAUAUUGAGUGGCGUAAACAAAGGACCACAAAGUACAAUCCGAAACCUCCUGUGUUUCCACACGCCCUGUUCCCAACUAUAAACCAUUUGACCUCAACUGUUUACUUGUUCACUUUUCAGUGGCAAACAUUAGACAAGCUAUAAUCCUUUAAAGUGUAGCCUGUGUAAUAAUUGAUCCGAGAAUCCUUGUCUCUGACAGUAGCAAUGACUUAAAGGAGGACUCAGUGCAACUUGUUUUGUUUGGCAGUGGGACUUUUUGCAAAAUCCAACUAUACGUCUUUUUUUAUUGGUGGCUUAAUGUAUAACUGGAACUAUCAGAAUCUCUGAUGUAUUUAAUUUACAAAGAUCAGAUUAUUGUAUAUUGGCAAUGCGGACUACAGGGCAAAACUGGGUGUGCUAAAUCCUGAGAUAAGGCUUCAUUUAUUAUGAGCUAAUAGUACACUAAUAGCUAAAUGAGCAUACUUUUUAUACAAUAAGGAACUGACGUGACAUUCUUUGGGUCCAGGACUACUAAUACCCAGUUGGAUCCUGACUUGCUGUUACAUGAAUGGAAGGGCUCCUUCUGUUUGUGGAAGAGACUCUGAUCCAGCAGAGGCUCCUGCUGGAGGAAUUAAGAGAGAGGCUAUUGUCACCAGUUCUCUCUGCCUCUUCCCCCCUCCCUGGUGCUGUUCCAGUGGGUCCCCCAACCCUUUGGAGCAGCAUUAAAGGGGGCUAUAGGGGGAAGGAAGAAUAAGUGAAAAUUGCCUUCCUCCUCCGUCCAAAAAAGUGUUACAUGAGUGAAAGUGCUGAGCCAAUACUGGAUCCAACCCACUGCUUGUCAAAGAAUUAAUGCUUUUAAAAUACCAGUGCAAGAGGUAGCAGUCUGAAGUCCAUGGCCUGCAGGAAGAUUGGAUGUGUCCAUUCAGAUGGAAAUCAGCCUUGAGUGCUCAGUGGACAGGACAGAUCCUAAGCUAGAGACUAGCACUUUGGCCAACCUCAUGAGAAUGAGACACCCUGGAAAAGACCCUGAUGUUGGGAAAGAUGGAGGGCACAAGCGAGCAGUGGUGACAGCAGAGGACUCAAUGGUUGGACAGUGUUCUCAGGUUAAGAACAGUGAGGUCUAGAACAAACUCUAGAGGCAGUUGAAGCCAGCGAGGUACCACUGUAUUCCUCAAAUACAGUUGUACCUUGGGAGUCGAAUGUUUUUACUCCCAAACGCCGCAAACCCAGAAGUAAGUGUUCCGGUUUGUGAACUUUCUUUGGAACCCGAACAUCCAGCGUGGCUUCCAAUUGGCUGCAGGAGCUUCUUGCAGCUAACUGGAAGCCGCGAAUGUUUUGGAAGUGGAACGGACUUCCAGAACGGAUUCCGUUCGACUUCCGAGGUACAACUGUAUACGUUUUGGAAGUGGAAUGGACUUCCAGAACAGAUUCCGUUCGCGACUGUAUGGCUAUCUUGCUGUAGGACUGGCACUGCUAAUUCCCUGCUUUAAAAUAUAAAUUAGUGGAUUCUCAAGUUAUGGCUUCUGAAUCAAUUUUCAAGUAUUCUUUAAUGGGAAUAAUAAAGGAAAAGGGGAGAGGGAGCUUUCUUCGAGGUUUCCAUCACAUGUUGAAGAGAAAACCCUUAGCUCUAAAUAAGGAUAGCUCUAAAUAGGGAUCUGCGUUAAAAAAACCAACAGCUUGCCCAUUUGCCAGUGCAAGCGGCUGCAGCAAACGAGAAAGAACCUCUUGUGUGCAGGCCCCACCUCGCCCUCCCUGGUGCACUUAGCCUGUGCUGAAUUGCAAUCCUAGAAGAAAAGUGCAAUAGCUGAGUUUAAAAGAGGGCUGCCAACUAUUUAAUUUAGAGGUGGCGGUCUUCAAUUUAAGAGAGGUUAAGAACCACUAAUGUAAAUCACAUGGAGCAAAUUUUAUGAUGUCUCCUGUAUAUUUACUAGUGUUUGGAAUUAUAGGCCUGCGCAAUUACCGGUACGUUUCUGUGAACACGUAAGCUUGCAUCUGCUGUUUUUCUGUCUCGGGUUUCUCCUGCUGCCGGGGAGCCAAAUUGCUCUUCAACCUUAUAAUUACGAAUAUAAUAACGUAACGAGAUGAACGGCAAAACAUUAACUCGCCAGGUUGUAUCAGACAAGAUUCCUACUGACCCAUGAGAUAAUUGUCUAGCCAUGCCCUUUUAUCUCUGGUCUGCACAUAUUUCAUCUCUAGAUGUUGAUCACUGGCCAUCCCGAGUCAGUCCGAUGAGAGCUGGAGUCUGACAACAUCGAGAGGGUAGCACGUUAGCUACCUCCAAUCUAGACUUUGUGUUCCUGCCAAAUUGGCCAAACGUACUGUACAUUCCCGUGUAUAAGACGCCCCCUAUUUUUGUGGACCCCAAUUUCAGAAAAUGGCCCAAAGUUGUUGAGCUUUUUUGGGGGGAGGAUUGGAGUUGUUGUAGAGCUUCUUUUGUGGGGGAAUGCAAUAAAUCACUAAACGGACAGUUGCAAUCGGUUGCGCUGCUCAAUCACAAUCGCUCGCGUCUACAACAAGGGUCUGCCUGAUCGCCGAAAGUAAAUAAGAAGCACAAUUGCCACAGUGGCAGCCAAUCCUCAGCAGCCCUUGACGCAGCAACCAAUCACACACACAUUUAUCCGCAGCCAAUGCAAAUAAACCCUUGCCGCAGCCACCAAUCGCACACCAAAUCGCCAAUGACAAUCAGCAGCUCACAGCUGCAACCAAUCACCCGUCACCCCUACCCACUACCCGUGUAUAAGACGCCCCCAGUUUUUAAACCUUAAUUUAGAGUUGAAAAACCUAGCCUUAUACACGGAAAAGUACGGUAGAUUUGCGAGCCUCUUGCUUAUGAUGUUAUUCCUUCACUGAAUGCAUUCAUAAGGCAUCUUAUCUGGAUGUCUCAAUCAAUGCAGGAGUAACCACAGAGGAUGUCCUUGGGAGGAUGUUCUGCUAUAUAUUUCCACCGGUUUAGUACCAUGAAAGGACAAGUCAUAGCAAGGCUGGAAAAACCCGCUGCCAGCCAGGGCAGACAUUACCAAACUAGAUGGACCAAUUGCCUCCUUCAGUAUUCAGCAGCUUCAUAUUUAUAUACUGUAUUUUUUGCUCUAUAGGAAGCACUUUUUCCCUUCUAAAAAGCAAGGGAAAAUGUGUGUGCGUCCUAUGGAGCGAAUGCAAGGGGGGGGGGAGGCAGGCAGGAAAAGCCCCCAAGAGCUCUGUGCGGCUCUUGCGGGCUUUUCCCCAGGAGGGAGAAGGGAAUGACUGGCCGCGUCAGUCCCUUCUCCCACCUCCUAGAAAAGCCCGCAGAAGCCGCACAGCCCCUUUAAAGAGCGCGCGGCUUCUGCGGGAGGUGGGGGAAUUCCCCCACCUCCGGCAAAAGCAGGGAGAAGGUCUGGGAGCAGCGCACAGGCUGUCUGCAGCCUGUCCGCUGCUCCCAGAGCUGGGGGGGGGGGAGAAUCAUAUUUUUUCCCUUGAUUUCCCCCACUGAAAACUAGGUGCGCCCUAUGGAGCAAAAAAUAUGGUACAUAACAGGUAGAGCAAGAGACUCUUAAUCUCAGGGUUGUUGGUUGAAGCCCCAUGUUAGGCAAAAAGAUUCCUGUGUUGCAGGGCUUUUGGACUAGACAGGAUGACUUUUGUGGUCCUUUCAAACCUUACAAUUCUAUUAUGCUAUGACAACAAGCCACUGCCAUGGGGGUGGGGAAUCUAUAGGGCCUCCUUAGAUGCUGUUGGACUCCAACUCCCAUCAGCCCCAGCCAGCAUAUUCCCAUGCUCAGGGAUGAUGGGAGAUGGAGUCCAGCAACAUCUGGAGGGCCACAGGUUCCCCAGGAAGCGAUACUGAAGUGAGCCGUCAUUGAGAGUGCUGCGCCAAUGCAAUGAAGUAUUCUGCUGUGAAAAGCAUGGUAAUAAAAACAAGAGAACUUACCUGGUGUAUGUCCAGGCCUAUAAGAAUAAUGGAUGUUAGUUUUUGCCCUGUGCACUGAUGUACAACCCUGUACGUGUCCACCUGGAAUCAUAGAAUUGUAGCGUUGCAAGCGUCAACUAGUCUUAACACCCUGCAAUGCAGGAAUCUCAAUGGAAAAAUCCAGUAAGUCUAGCUGCCAUAAAUGGAAUUUAUUCCCAGGGUAAGUGUGUAUAAGAUUGCCCCAUCGUUGUAGUAAUUAAUUGUGGCAUAUAUCAUUUGUUAAAUUCUUUGUCAUUUUUAUUCUUAUAGAUUUGUGGACGCCCAAAUAAGCAAUUUGAGCAGUGCUAUUUAGAUAAAGGCCAAACAUAUAUAAUUGAACUUUAAACCCACUCGCUGGCUCACUUUUCCUCCAUGUGAUGCUUCCCUUGGCAGACGAUGGUCAUGGGUUCUGCUCGCUAGCUGUACAGUUUGUGUGUUCAGCUGGAGCCAAUUUGCGGCUAGCUAUGCUGGAUUAAAAGGAACGCGGGUGGUGCUGUGGGUUAAACCACAGAGCCUAGGACUUGCCGAUCAGAAGGUUGGCAGUUCAGAUCCCUGCGACAGGGUGAGCUCCCGUUGCUCGGUCCCUGCUCCUGCCCACCUAGCAGUUCGAAAGCACGUCCAAGUACAAGUAGAUAAAUAGGUACCGCUCCGGCGGGAAGGUAAACGGCGUUUCUGUGUGCUGCUCUGGUUCGCCAGAAGCGGCUUAGUCAUGCUGGCCACAUGACCUGGAAGCUGUACGCUGGCUCCCUCGGCCAAUAAAGCGAGAUGAGUGCCGCAACCCCAGAGUCGGCCACGACUGGACCUAAUGGUCUGGAGUCCCUUUACCUUUACCUUUACGCUGGAUUAGCCCACAAAUAACAAGAGGUGAGAGCAGCACCAAAGAGGUUUAAGCAGAUGAGGCCACUGUGAUGGAGAGUUCGUUAGCAAACUUUUUCAGCAGGGGGGUGGUCUACCGUCCCUCAGACCUUGUGGGGGGCCAGACUAUAUUUUUGGGGGGGAAUUGAACGAAUUCCUAUGCCCCACAAAUAACCCAGAGAUGCAUUUUAAAUAAAAAAUUCUACUCAUGUAAAAACAAGCCGAUUCCUGGACCAUCCGCGGACUGGAUUUAGAAGGUGAUUGGACCGGAUCCGGCCCCCGGGCCGUAGUUUGCCAACCCAUGGGAUAGAGGUUGGGAGAUAGGCAGGGAGAUAGGGAGUGAGAGGAGAGAGAGAGUUGGUUCUGAGUAGAAACAUCCACUCUGAGGAAUAUAUCACAAGCUAAAGAAAGGAGUCUCUGAGCUUAAGUGUGAAGGACAGUGUGUGGUGUCCUGUAAGAGUAAUAUGCCAGGAAUUAACUGGGAAGCUGAGGCUGAGCCAGGAGAAGUAGAAGCUGUGAGUCUACUUAGGUCUCAUUCCAGUCAGAAGGGGAGAGAGUCUGCUACAAAAAGAGAAGUCCCCCAAACCAGUUAAGAGGGGUGUGGUGAUCCCUUGGGUCUGUUACUUGGAGUACCUCAGGAGUAGGGUUGUCUAAGGGGUGUGUAACUGACAGAAAAUUCCACCUUGUUUAAGAACCAAAGUAUUAAGCGGCAACAGCUGUGCAACAACUGAGAAAGAACUGAAGUGAAAUAGCAUUACAGUCAUACCUCGGGUUGCGUUUUUUCGGGUUACAGACCCGCCGAAACCCAGAAGUACCAGAACGGGUUACUUCCGGGUUUCGGGGGUUGCAAAUGCGCAGAAGCGCUGAAUCGCAAUCCUGCUCGUGCGCAGACGCACUGCUGCGGGUUGCAAAUGCUGUGGGUUGUGAACGUGCAUCCCUCACAGAUCACGUUCGCAACCCGAGCAUUCAUGUAUAAUCUGAAGUAUCCUAUGUUUUACCCACUUGUGUCAGAAACUUCCUUUGUUUAAUAAAAUCUUUCUUGAUUAUAUGAUCAAAUCCUGCCUGAGACUCCACAUGAUUAAGUUUUCCCUCACACAAGUCCCCCACAAGGUAAUCUGGGGUAGUUUGUGGGAAUCUGUAGAAUUGGUGUUCUGUGAGGUGGGUGCAUUAUAUUUAAGGGAGGGCAGGCCCAACGGCGCCAGGGGAGAAAGUGCCAUCGCACCAUCGUAGCUACAUAUUCAGACCCUCCGUGUCCCUAUUUUCCAGGGACAAUCCCAGAUUUACACAAGCCAUCCCGAUUUCUGAUUUGAUCUCAGAAUGUCCUGCUUUUCCUUAGGUCGUCCCUGUUUUCAUCAGAGAAAUGCUGGAGGGUGUGGAGUUAUGCGCCCCCGAGCCCAGGAGAUAAGUAACUAUGCAACCUUUAGAAGACAGCUGAAGGCAGCCGUGUAUAGGGAAGAUUUUCUAAAGUUUAAUGUUUUGUUAUGUUUUUACAUAUGUCGGAAGCUAGAGUGGCUGGGGCAACCCAGUCAUCUGGGCAGGGUAUAAAAUCCGGAACGAUCUAUCUUAAAUGCUAUAAAUGCUGCCAACACGUGGGGAUUCCCAAAUCUCUGCUAGGAAGAGUGAAGGAGUGAGUCACCGGGUGCCGUUUCUGUGUCACUGUUAGCUAUACUUGCCUCGCCGAUUGAUACGUGGUACCGUGACAAUGCCUUCAUUGAUGGGUGCCAUUUUCUCCUUGCUGCUUCAGAGUCCCCAGUAGACUUGGCAAGCAUUUAUUGGCCUUGCUGCUGCGCUUUAAAAACAAGAGACAGUUUAUAAGGUGAGGAAAUUGAAUCUGGUUUGGAUAAAUCAUGAGGAAGGAAGAAACCGAGUCUUAAACUGUGGCUAUGUAUGCUCUGCAGAAAAGCAAAUUAAAAUCUCACCUCUAGGCAAACCAAAUAAUUCAACCGGUCUAAACUUUGUAAAUCAUAAAUUGGGGGUUUCUUUGUUGUUUUGCAUGAUUUAGUCUUCAUUUCUCCUCUCUUUUGCCAAAUUUUGUUUGAGUUUUGCAAAUUAUGUGAUAAGCGAGCAAAGAGAUUCAUUUGCAAGGAAGCCUUUUUAAAAAUCAGAUAUUUUAGAGACAUUAAACCCAAAUUCUGCUUCUUAAAUACGUCAUGAAAGCUAGAAAAAGUUUACCCUGAAAUUGAGUCUUUUUUCAAACAGCUUGUCCCAAACUGGCAGCAUUCACAAGAUGGGCAAGACAGGCCAGAUUUGUAGGGAAUCUUCCUUUCACUAUCAAUUUGUAUAUUUUUUUCAAUAAUAUCCAGAACUUCUAUUACUUUGCCCCUUGAACCCAUCUGAGGAAACAGUAGAUGUUGCUUAUAUUGUACCUUAGGCCUUCUAAAUGAAUUGACUUCGGAAUCUUGGUUCUAGUCCCAGUUCCUCUUAAUAUUGUAUCCAAAUCACAUUUGACCCAGUAAUUGUUAAUAUUUAAUUAGUGAAUCCAUAUUUAUAAUCCAACAGUUUCCAUUGCUUUUUAACCAAGAAAUGGGUUGGCAGACAAGUGAACUUACUGGUCAGAUAUUGUCAAUUGAUCAUCUAUGACCUGGGCUGUGGUUUAAUAUUGUCAAAUAUUCAGUGAAGCCAAGAGUUCAGUUUACCAUUUUUUAUUUAAUUGUGACACAGUUUUGUUUUGUUCUGUUUUGUUUUGUUUUAAGCAGGAACAGGAAUAAGGGCUUCCGGUUUGUUAGCCUUGCAGCAGUCGGGGCCAAAACUAAUAGCACAGCUCCUUCUGAUCAUCUAUAAAUAACUGGAGGUAUCUCAAAACAGGCAGAAAAACAAAGAAAGGAAGGGGAAGGAAAGGAUGAUGAUGAUGAUGAUGAUAAGUGCUAAAGGUCAAUGUUUUGAAAUGCAGUUCUGAGAUGUUGGCUUUUGUGAUGUUUAACAUGUGGCCUUAAAUUGUAUCUUGUAGUUUGAUAUGUGGCUUGUAAACUGCUUUGGGAAGACUUUCUUGAAAAGCAGUAUACAAAUUAUACUACCUACAUGCCUACAUACAGUUCUGCAUAGAAACAUCACAGAUGUAAUUUCGUCAUUUCAAAUCUUUUGGCUCAGUGUGUGUGUGUGUGUGUGUGUGCACGUGUGUGCACCUCCCAUGAAUGGAUUUUUGGUUUUUACUUCAAGUUCGUUCAAAGCAGUGGCACUCUUAAAUCCUACCACAAACCUGCUUAUUGGUGUUGUCAUGGAGGGUGAAACAUUAUCUUUAGCGUUUUUAAAUCGGUUUGACAUUAUUUGUCGUUUUAUACUGGAUACUUUCUUUGAGCGGUAUCAGGAAAGUGGGUAAAAAUAGGAAAGGCUCUUAAAAUUUAGUAUCCACGCUUUCCCCACCCUACUCAAAUGCUUUCUUUUUCAGUCCAAGAAGAUACUGGGUUGUUGUUUUUUUGCUGGAAGCUGGUAAAGCUAUCUAGCACCUGUUACAUUAAGGUGAAACGAUGCAAACAUUCAGCCUAGAUAUUAUUCAGAGCAGCAGUUCCUUUGCCAGCAAGCAGCAUGUAAAACAGAAAUGCUAUCCAGAGUUCACUUAUAGACCUGUUCUGAAGGCGUAUAGAUGCUACCCUAAGACCAGUAUCUGCUAGAAAAUUAAUAUGUCAGUGUAUGAAACUAAAGGAAAAAGAAUCCAUUUUAUGUCAUCCUGUGAAAGUCUAGAGUGAAAUAAAUGAAUGCAAUUAGAAGGCUAUCCACGCUGAAAUUGCCUUAUAAGCUUGCUAUCAAAACUGGGCGAUGUGUCACAGUUCAGCAUUAUCCUGAUGCUCAGCUCAGAUACAAAUUCCCACGCCACCCGCUGCCCCGAUACGGAGGGAUGAUUUCUCUAAUUUAGGACUGUGCUUUUUAAAGCCGGCUGGCUUUUGCUUCUGUUGCCUGUUUUUCUCCGUAAAAAUCACGACAGUCUAGGACUUGAAAUACAUUUAACGCUCGCUCAGAAGCUCACUCACCUCCAUCGAGCAGGGAGCUAAUGAUUCUUUUGUUUGCAUCUCUCUCCUUUUGAAACCUGCCUCUCGCACUGCCUCAUUCCUCCGGCGCACACAUUGCUGAGGGAAGCUCCCAGGAUCAGCUAACAGAGCAAGGCUGGCUCUGUUAGUGGGAAAUCACAGGCCUCGUAUUUUAGCAGCUUGAAAGCUCUCAUUGUUGUGCUCGCAGUUCCGUCCCUCGGAUGUGCCCUCCUUAUUCAUAGGCAUUUCACAACGGCGAUCUUACAAUAUCGUCGGGCGUUCGGUGGGGAGAAACGGGGAAUAUUAGCAAAUCCUGCGUGGAAAAUUAAAACCACAACCUCCCCCCCUGGCAGUUUGAGAUUAAAUGUGAGAUCUUCCCUUUGUAGCUUGACCUUUGCUCCGUGAUUUACUUUUAAAACUACGGGUGGAACAAGCUUUUUGUGUCUGUGCUACUUGCUUUUAGAUUAAACAUCAGACUGGUUUCCGUCGCCUGAAAUGGGGGGUGGUUUAGACAAGCUGUCAGGUCAGUUAGAUUUCAGCACAGCUUAAGGAAAAUCCUGCUGGUAACAUUGUGCCCUUUGCUCAUCCCGACGUUCUCCUGUUCCAUCUUGCUCCCGAGGCCAGGUAAUUCUAACACUGAGGCUUGGUUCUGCUUAUCCAAUUAUCUUCUGAUUUCAAAAAUACUGGCUCCCAGGCCAGAUCCAUGGAGAGAGCCUGGGCUGAAUCGGAUGAAUAAGUUUCAAAGAUGGGAGUGGAGCAUUGUAGCAUCUGGAGUUUUCUGACUUUUCAGACCCUUGUACUGGUUACCUGAGAUCACACCAUUUUUUAGAGGCCACUUAGAUCAAUGUUUUUCAAACUUGGGUCCCCAGCUGUUGUUAGACUACAACUCCCACCAUCCCUGACCGCUGGUCCUACUAGCUAGGGAUGAUGGGAGUUGUAGUCCAACAACAGCUGUUUGAGAAACACUGACUUGGAUGCUAGUUGGCUGGCAACCCUAAGGCAUUGACAUUGCUUAAUAUACUACAAUCGAGGGGAAAUGUUUCUGGAAGUUAUUAUAUAGCAGCCCUGGAGUUCAUGGCUCCCAGCUUUUUAGAACCUGCCAGCUCUCACCUAAAGAGCAGGGGAAGUUGAACAUUGGAGGAUGGAUGGCGGCUAACAGAUUGAGGCUGAAUUCUGACAAGACACAAGUACUGUUUUUGGGGGACAGGAGGCGGGCAGGUGUGGAGGAUUCUCUGGUCCUGAAUGGGGUAACUGUGCCCCUGAAGGACCAGGUGCGCAGCCUGGGAGUCAUUUUGGACUCACAGCUGUCCAUGGAGGCACAGGUCAAAUCUGUGUCCAGGGCAGCUGUUUACCAGCUCCAUCUGGUACGUAGGCUGAGACCCUACCUGCCCGUGGACUGUCUCGCCAGAGUGGUGCAUGCUCUGGUUAUCUCCCACUUGGACUACUGCAAUGCGCUCUACGUGGGGCUACCUUUGAAGGUGACCCGGAAACUACAACUAAUCCAGAAUGCGGCAGCUAGACUGGUGACUGGGAGCAGCCGCCGAGACCAUAUAACACCGGUCUUGAAAGACCUACAUUGGCUCCCAGUACGUUUCCGUGCACAAUUCAAAGUGUUGGUGCUGACCUUUAAAGCCCUAAACGGCCUCGGUCCAGUAUAUCUGAAGGAGCGUCUCCACCCCCAUCGUUCUACCUGGACACUGAGGUCCAGCACCGAGGACCUUCUGGCGGUUCCCUCACUGCGAGAGGCCAAGUUACAGGGAACCAGGCAGAGGGCCUUCUCGGUAGUGGCGCCCUCCCUGUGGAACGCCCUCCCACCAGAUGUCAAAGAGAACAACAACUACCAGAGUUUUAGAAGACAUCUGAAGGCAGCCCUAUUUAGGGAAGCUUUUAAUGUUUGAUGUAUUACGGUGUUUUAAUAUUUUUUUGGAAGCCGCCCAGAGUGGCUGGGGAGGCGCAGCCAGAUGGGCGGGGUAUAAAUAAUAAAUUAUUAUUAUUAUUAUUAUUAUUAUUAUUAUUAUUUGAGUUGGCUAGCACUUGUCCUACUUAGGCUGGAUGCUGGACCCCGCAGAGAAGGCAACAAGGCAGGUCAGGGGUGGGUGGACCAUGGAUAGCUCUGACAGAAGCUGAGAGUUGACUCAGCCUUUUCAAGAUUCUGGUUCUAGGCUACCUUGCUCAGGUGCCACUCCCUGGUGGCUAACGUUAGGUUCUUAAAGGGCCAACCCCCUGAUCAGAGGAUGGGCACUCCUGCUGGCAUGCUCCCUGAACCGCAGGACCAUUUAGGUCCAUUUGGAGGCAUUUGGUUCCUCAGGGGUAGGUGCCUGUGGUGUCUGAGCUCUGGCCUUACAGAUAUGGAAAGUUCUUCUGGGGGCUCAUGUUCACGAGGCUGUGGUCCCCUGAUCACCAGAAGCAAGAUCGGAGCCCUGCCCCUGGUCUGGCUCCAUAGCUGGAGACUCUGCAGCCUCUAAGUCCAAGUCCUAACUGCAGAUGGACUCUGGGGUUAUGACACCACCGCUGCUUGGUUUGGCUUAAUGAAGCAAAAUCCUUCUUUGUGGGGUGCUCUCCGAGGUCCUGGAAAGCCUACCCUCGUUGUUUCCUACAUGAACUGGACUUUCCUCAGCUCCCUGUAGCCUUUUCAUCUGGCUGGAGAAAGGAUCAUCGGGCCAGCAUGUGAGCUUGUUGCAUAUACAGUUCAGUGACACUGAUAUAAUAUUGUUUCUGUGAUGCAUAAAAUAUAAUGUGCCUGCACUCCCAGCUCACAUGCGGGAUCAGACGCGUGACAUCCCUUUGUCCAAAUACCGGUGCCAGUUCAUUCUUCUAUAGAUACGCAUGGUAUGAUAAAAAUCCUCUCACGAUAGAUUUCUUGCAUUGCCAAACUCAGUAAGAUAUUUUUAUGUCCUCCACCUCCUUUUGUGAUGGCAGCACGUGCUGUAUUUGGCUGACACAAAACUAAAGUUAAUUAUUUUUUUGCUUGUUCGCUGUGUAAGUAAAUAUUUUAAUAGUACAUAGGGGAUCAUCUGGUAGAGACACAGCUAACUAACCUCAGGGUACAGAACUGUUUUCUCCCCUCAAAGGUGUACUCUUCCUUGAAUGAACAAUUUGAAAGUUUUGCUUAGUUACCAAAAGUGGCUCCAUGCAUAAAAUCAUCUAUGAUCGUUUUCAGAAAAUUGAGGCCAUGUGGUUUGCUCAUACAAAAAUAUUGCAUUUAAGACAAUACUUAUUUCAUUUGUAUACCACCUUUCUGCCAAGGCACCCAAGGCAGUUUAAAAUUUAAAGUAAUAAGGUAAAUGAUAACAUGUAAAAUUGGGGUGAAGGAAAUCAGUCGGAUUGGAGCAGAACCUGAUGCUGUCUGUACCUGCCUUCCUUCCACUCUUCCUCCUCCUCCGCUGUGAGAAGCCAAGUUACAGGGAACCAGGCAGAGGGCCUUCUCAGUAGUGGCACCCACCAGAUGUCAAAGAGAAAAACAACUACCAGACUUUUAGAAGACAUCUGAAGGCAGCCCUGUUUAGGGAAGCUUUUAAUGUUUAAUAGGUUAUUGUAUUUUAAUAUUCUGUUGGAAGCCACCCAGAGUGGCUGGGGAAACCCAGCCAGAUGGGUGGGGUAUAAAUAAUAAAUUAUUAUUAUUAUUAUUAUUAUUAUUAUUGACAGGAAAGUCAUGCCUAUGAUCUUGGAAGUCUCAUGGGUCAUUUGCUUAUGCAAGUUGUCAUUUUAUGAAUAAGCAUGAUUUCUCUGGCCCAAAGUCUUCGCAUUUAAUGGGGAAUUGACUUGGUUUGCAAUGGAUCUAAUCAAAUGUUUUCUGCAGGGAGGCCAAUGGGACACUUCAUUACAAUUUCACCAACCUAGAUAACUUCAUGGAUCUUCUUUGGGAAAACAAACUACGUCCAGGUAAAUCUAAUCACUUGGUUUUUUAUAAAAAAAAAAUACUAAUUCUAAGCUCCGUUAAACAAUGUAUAGCUUAAGUUGUUUGGAGUUCUGUACAGUGCUUUGCUUUCUUUGAGAACAGCAGAAAUUUAACACGCCAAUGUUAAGUUAAACUUCCACCAACUUUAUUGAGCAAGGGGCAAGGGCAAAUUGUGAGUUUCUGCAAUCUCUGCAAUAGUAUAAGCACUGAAGUGUAGGCUCCCAACUCAGCUGAAUGGUGUCCUUUUACUUCAGAACUCAAGGGAAACGCAUGGCUUGCCAGCAGUACAUGGGAAAAGGAUCUAGGGUUUUUUUUAGCUGAGAAGUUUAACAUGAGUCAGCAGUGUAAUGCAGCAGCAAAACCAGAUAAUGCUAUUCACGACUGCAUCAACAGAAGUAUAGUGUUCUGAUCAAGGGAAGGAAUAGCUCUGCUUUAUUCUGCCUUGGACACAGGAGUCCUGUGUCCUACACUGGGUGCAAAAAUAGAAGAAGGAUAUUGACAAGAUGGAGCAUGUGCAGAGGAAGGCAACCAAGAUAGUCAAGGAUCUGGAAACUAAGCCUUAGGAGGAACAAUUGAGGGAGUUGGAUAUGUUUAGCCUGGAAAAGAGACUGAGAGGAGAGAUAGUAGCAGUCUUCAAAUAUCUAAAGAGCUGGAGCAAGUUUGUUUUCUCCUGCUCUGGAGGGUAGGACCCAAAGCUUCAAGUUGCAAGAAGGGAGAUUCCAAGUCAACAUCAGGAAGAACUUUCUAACAGUAAGAGCCGUUCAACAGUGGAAUGGACUCUAGAAGGUGGUGAACUCUCCUUCCUUGGAAGUUUUUAAUCCGAGUUCAGAUGACCAUCUGUCAUGGAUGCUUUAGUUAAGAUUCCUGCAUUGCAAGGGGUUGGACUUGAUGACCGUUGGGGUCCCUUCCAACUGUAGAAUUCUAUGCUGUCAGGGGCUGGACUGAGGAGGAAUGGUGGGGACCGCCCCAGGCCCCUUCCUGCACCUUCCCAAGAAUAGGAGGACAGUAUAGAUUUAGAAUAGUGGUUUGCAGAAGGCCAUAGUACAGAGGCUGCAGAGGGGCAAAGUUGGGAAAUAAUUGGGAGAGGAACAGCAGAAAGAAGAAGCACCGGGGGAGAGACAGCUGACAAACUCAAUGCCUUUGGAAAGCUUUCCUGAUACCCCCUCUCCCAGGACCAGGCGGGCAUUGAGAGUAGUAGAACAGAGAGCUCAGAGGCAGAAAGCUCAGAUCGGCUGGCGCAGGGAUGACGUAGAAUAGGAGAGACGGGGCAGGUUGGACUUCAGUCAGAGCAAUGGCAUUAUUUAAUAGAGACUGCAUUCCUUCAUCUCUCUCUGUGAAUACUGAAUAAAUUACGUGGUAAGAAUACUUCUCGUUUAUCUGCUUCUUGGCUGCCACCGGGGAGGGAUCUGAUUCUCUGAAGCCUGACACAUGUUUAUAUCCUUCCCCUUCUCCCAAAAGAGUCCUAAUCCACUCAGAGUAUUUGUAUGAUCAAAUGGAAAGGUGGCAUGGCUUGGACCCAAAGAGCUGUUUUAGAUGCGCCCAAUAGAUUUGUGUGCCAUUGAAAAAAAACUGAUUGUCUGAACCCGCACCCUGUGCCUUUAUCGCCAUUUGUUCAGCUCUUUCCUUUCUCUCUCUUCUCUGCAAACUGCCAAAAUGAUGCAGAGAGUGGCUGGGCCCUGCUGCCAGACUCCCCCCAUCGCCUACCCAUGUUCACGGCCACAUAGUUCUUUGGCUCUUGGCCAUGGCGCCCAAGCGCAGACCAACGGAUGCUUGGCACUGCUCAGUUCAAAAGCACUGAACAGGUCUGUGUGGGUUUUCCUCCCUCCUCAAACUCAGGAUUCGAAUUGAUGGGAAGUCCCUCGGGAUACUUCACUGACUUUGAAGAUAAAAGGCAGGUGAUACAAUGGAAGGACCUGGUUACACAGUUGGCCGAAAGAUAUAUAGGUGAGUUAACAAAAUUUUAAUUUGUCACCUCAGCAUGUCCACAAACACGUCUUAAAGGGCAAUGUCCAGGGGAAAUGCUUUUUAAAAAAUAAUAAUCCUUGAACCUUUCUUUAAAUGACCCUAAGUUAGUGUGCCUCAUGGCUUAUAAUUUACUAAACUGUGUAUGAUUGCAGUUGGGUGGCCAAGAGAACAUCAACAGGGGAUUCCACAAGCAACUACAGUCAUACCUUGGAAGUUGAACGGAAUCCGUUCCUGAAGUCCGUUCGACUUCCAAAAUGUUCGGAAACGAAAGUGUGACUUCUGAUUGGCUGCAGGAAGCUUCCAAUCGGAAGUUGCGGAACCUGUGUUGGACAUUCGGCUUCCAAAACAACGUUCGAAAACCGAGUUUCGAUCGUUCAAGAGCCAAUUUGUUCGGGAGCCAAGGCAUUUGAGAUCUAAGGUACGACUGUAUAGGACAUCAAACUUCAAGGCAAGAUUAACAAUUAGACGAGGAUUGCUCUAGAGCAGGGUUUUACAAACUUGGGUUUCCGGAUGUUUUUGGACUACAAUUUCCAUUAUUCCUGACCAUUGAUCCUGCUAGCUAGGGAUGGUGGGAGUUGUAGUCCCAAAACAGCUGGAGACCCAAGUUUGGAAAACGCUACUCUAGAGCCUGCGUGGGGGACCCUUUUCAUUUCUGUGGAAAGACAUUGACCCAUGGGGAAAUCAAUUGACAGAUGGAACCAGAAAAAAGUGGGGGAGUUUUUUCUUCCUGCCACCCCCUUUGCAACUUAUCCUGUAAAUCAACAUCCAGCCCAUACACUGGGCCCUGUCACAGAAUACUAAUCUGUGGAAGUGGCAUCUGUCCUGGAUUGUGGGUGGGUGUGAACAUGCCCCUUAAAGGUAGAAAUUCCUCUUAAAGGAAUAAGAGGUGGUUUGGGACAAUAGCCUUUCAACUGAGGUUUCCGUGUGCGGCUAAAUGAAAGCCUACUGCUUAAUAUGACAAAGCUGUAAUUAAUGCAAAUUUGAUUUCCAGAACGUUAUGGAUUGAAGCAUGUUUCUAAAUGGAAUUUUGAGACUUGGAACGAGCCAGAUCACCAUGACUUUGACAACGUAUCCAUGACAGUUAAUGGUAAGCCUCUUUUGAAUCCUCCCGGUUUUUAACUGUGAGCAGAGUGGUGAAAGUUCAGAGAUCAGGGCUAAUGAAAGCAAGAUAAAGAAAUGUUCCGUUUUAAACCCUGUAAAAAGCUCAGCACUAAUUGCCAUCUCACAGAGAUAUUUUUUUCGUCAUUUGAGCUCUUAAAAGCUAAAUCAACACAUGCAAGUUACUGCAGGGGUUACAGCAGGAAUGUUGCCUAGGAGAAACUAAGUAAAUUAUAGAAAUAAAGUGUUUCAUAGCAACACUGUGGUAAUAUUCUUUGCUUAGCCGUUUUUCAAAACCAUAGAUCUUUUGACCUACCGUAUUACUGAGAAUGGAACUAUGGGUACCUCAGGUUGUUGUUGGCAUCUGUCUCGAGAGACAAUGGAGUGUGCCUUUGGGGGUGAAGUCAAACUGCUGCAUUAGCAGCAUCAAUGUGUCCUGCCUGGCGUGCAAGCCUGGGCAGUGGAGGUGGAGGUCCUGAGCUGCCCAGUUGACAAGACCCACCGCUUGGCCCCUGUGAUGUGUUUCCUGCUUGGCAGGGGGUUGGACUCGAUGGCCCUUGUGGUCUCUUCCAACUCUAUGAUUCUAUGAUUCUAUGUGGUCCAAAGGAAAGCAGAGCAAUAUGUUUGGCACCAGCUUGGCUGCAGGAGUUGCCGGAAAGAGACGUACAAGGCACCAUCCAAUCAUCUUAGGGACUCCACUCCAAAUAUUUGUCUUUUAGGUACCACAAUACCCUUCUUUGUGUUUGUGCUAGCAGACAAACAGUUCGAAAGCAUGCCAGUGCAAGUAGAUAAAUAGAUACCACUGCGGCAGGAAGGUAAACAGCGUUUCUGUGUGCUCUGGUUUCCGUCACGGUGUCCCGUUGCACCAGAAGUGGUUUAGUCUUGCUGGCCACAUGACCUGGAAAGCUGUCUGUGGACAAACGCUGGCUCUCUCAGCCUGAAAGCGAGAUGAACACCGCAACCCCAUACUUGCCUUUGAUUGGACGUAACCAUCCUUGGGUCCUUUACCUUUUACAGUUAUGAGGGCUAGAAACACGCUUUAAGAAUUCUGUGUGUCAGGAUUACAUUGCAGCUACGGGGGUCUUCAAUGGGUGUCUAUAGCCCAUAGCAUGACCUGCUCACAGCCACACAGAUAACUAGACCUCCUACGUAUAUAAACAGUCCAUAAUUUGUUGAUUUUUGCAGAGCAAAUGUGGUACAUUAUGGCCUUCUUUGCCCUGUUUCACUCCAGUAUGUUCUGAAGAAACAAGACAUUUUCCUCUCCUCGAAGCUAGAUAUUACUACUGAAACACUAGGCCUAUUGUUGACUGUUCAAUUUUGCUCCUAGGAUUUCUCAACUACUAUGACGCUUGCUCUGAAGGUUUAAGACAAGCCAGUUCUCAGCUGAAAUUUGGAGGUCCUGGAGACUCCUUCCACCCAUUCCCAAAGUCCCCCAUGUGCUGGAGCCUCCUCUGUCACUGCCACAAUGGAACUAAUUUCUUCACUGGAGAGACAGGCGUCCGGCUAGACUACAUUGCCAUGCAUAAGAAGGUCAGCUCCCUGCUCAAUUUGCUGUUGAGAUGUGCCUGUCCCAAGUUAAGUGUUCACAAUAAAUUGCCUCUUGUGCACUAAAAACAAAAAACUUGCUACGUGGUGCAAAGGUCCUGAAUUGAAUUCAAACAUUGACAACUGCUUCUUGCAACAAUUCAUUUCUUAAUUCCACAUAGCAUCUGUACACCACUUUAGAAAAUCCCAGGUGCUUCAAUUACAUGAUCUAGUUGUUACCCUUGGUGGUGCUGUGGUCUAAACCACUGAGCCUCUUGGGCUUGCCAAUCAGAAGGUUGGUGGUUCGAAUCCCCGCAACAGGGUGAGCUCCUGUUGCUCUGUCCCCGUUCCUGCCAACCUAGGAAUUGGAAAGCACACCAGUGCAAGUAGAUAAAUAGGUACUGCUGCGGAGGGAAGGUAAACAGCAUUUCCAUGUGCUCUAGUUUCUGUCACGGUGUCCCAUUGCGCCAGAAGCGGUUUAAUCCCGCUGGCCACAUGACUCGGAAAGCUGUCUGUGGACAAACGCUGGCGUUCUCAGCCUGAAAGCCAGAUGAGCGCCACACCCCAUAGUCACCUUUGACUGGACUUAACCACCCAGGAGUCCUUUACUUUUUUAUAACUGCCUUGUGAAAUAGGCUAUCUAUCAAAUAAAUAACAACAGCUCUUCCCACAGGGAGCUGGGCGGUCGCUGUACAUCUUAGAACAAGAAACUGAAGCACUGGGACAGAUCCAGAAGCUCUUUCCCACGUUCACCUCUGUGCCUGUAUACAACGACGAGGCAGAUCCGCUGGUGGGAUGGUCAGUUCCGCAGCUGUGGAGAGCGGAUGUCACCUAUGCGGCCAUGGUGGCUAAGGUAGACUUGAGCUGCAUUGCUUUCUGCACCUCUACCUUCUUUUCUGUUGCCCCGGUGCCCAUCCUCAUUUGUUUUAUCUCUAUAGGCCUCUGUUUAAACAUAGGUGCGAUUUCUUUAACGUAUCAGCUCUCCUGUCAAGGCCCACAGUUACCGUAUUUUUCGCUCUAUAAGACGCACCAGACCACAAGACACACCUAGUUUUUGGAGGAGGAAAACAAGAAAAAAAAUAUUCUGAAUCUCAGAAGCCAGAACAGCAAGAGGGAUCGCUGUGCAGUGAAAGCAGCAAUCCCUCUUGCUGUUCUGGCUUCUGUGAUAGCUGCGCAGCCUGCAUUUGUUCCAUAAGACGCACACACAUUUCCCCUUACUUUUUAGGAGGGAAAAAGUGUGUCCUAUAGAGCGAAAAAUACGGUAAUUCCUUCUUCUGCAGAAGCCUUUGAAUUUCUCGGCCCAAUGGUGUAGCUUAUAAACAAGUAACUUUUUUUGGCGGGUGGAGAAAAAAUCCCUGUGAAGCCCAUGAAUUUCUUGGUUCAAUGAGGUAUCUUAUACAGUGGAACCUCGGUUGUCGAACGUAAUCCCUUCCGGAAGACCAUUUGCCUUCUAAAACGUUUGACAACCGAGGUGCAAAAGCCAUUGAAAAAAUGGAGAAACGCGCCACAGAAGCCGUUUGACUUCCAAGGCACGUUAAAAAAUGGAAGCAUUCAUUUCUGGGUGGUUGGCGUUCAGGUUCCAAAUUGUUGGCUGCUGGAGCGUUCAACAACUGAGGUUCCACUGUAAACAAGAACUUUGGUUUUUUUUGGUGCAGGGAGGAAAUGUUCUUGCGAAGGUCUCAGAAAAUACCACACGAAUAGGCUGAGAAUUCUUAUUGGACAACUCCCUUGUCUACACGAAGGGCUCUACAGUCAUACCUCGAGUUACAGCCGCUUCAGGUUGCAUUUGUUUGGGUUACGGACCGCUGAAACCUGGAAGUACCGGAACGGGUUACUUCCGGGUUUCGGUGGUCGAGCAUGCGCAGAAGUGCUAAAUCACGCUUUGCGCAUGCGCAAAAGCGCCGAAUCGCAACCCGUGCGUGCGUAGAUGCGGGUUGCGAACGUUCAUCCCGCACGGAUCACGUUCGCAACCUGAGCAUCCACUGUACUGGAGUUGAACAGGCAGUCAAUGGGCCUGAUGAAUAUUAUGUCUGAUAUACCUCAGAAAUAUCAAUACGUAUAGCAUAUGACUGGUGCACCAUCUAAUGGAGAGAAUGGACACUUGCAGCUAGUGAUUUUGCAAUCACAUUGAUAUUUAGGCCUCUGAGAGUUGCUUCUCUUCAUCCUGUGAUCUAAUGACAAAAAAUUCCACUGAUAAGCACCUCAUUAUAAGGCUUUAACUGUGGUAUGUGACCUCUGGCUCAGUCCUAGGUGCCACAUCACCACUGAAUUAUGGGAGAAUGUUGCUUUCUGUGAACCACCCUCAGACCUGCUUAUAUAGGGCACUAUAUAAAUUCAAUUCAUCAUCAUCAAAAAGAGAGGCCAAUUUGUUGAAUCUUAUACUUGCGCAUUGGAGAUUUGUCAUAUCCAGACUUUCUGACAAGCACUGGAGGGGGGCAAGGAUCUCCUUGACGGGAUCAUUUGACUUAAGGAUUCUGUUAGGUUCAGGGCCAGCCCAAGGCAUUUUGGCGCCUGAGGCAAACUGUAAAAUGGUGCUCCCCUCCCUACUAGAGAAGAAGGGGGUAAGUGAAGGUCUACAUUGGGAAGACAUGGGGAAGAAAGAUUUACAUCAGGAUCUGCUGCCCUUAUGGAUCCUGCCACUUGAGGAGGAUCGCCUGGCCUGGCCUUGUGGGUUAGGAUAUUCCUCUGCCACAAUAUCCAGCACAUGGACUGCUGGUUUCUGGCCUCACAGACCAAUGGCUCAAUCCAGCCUUGGGUGAGUUUGGUUCACACAUUCCCCUGAAAGUCAUCAAGGGUUGAGUGGGCAAGUGAGGAGAAAUCAAAUCGUCUACGUGCAUGUGUGAACCAGCCCUUACUUCACCUCUUUUAAGCCUCUUCACCCCUAAAUUUCACCAUCAAACCAUGCUUGCCUGACUCCCCUAGUAGUAGUAGUAGUAGUAAUAAUAAUAAUAAUAAUAAUAUAUUUAUACCCCGCCCAUCUGGCUGAGUUUCCCCAGCCAUUCUGGGCGGCUUCCAAUCAAGUGUUAAAAACAAUACAGCAUUAAAUAUUAAAAACUUCCCUAAACAGGGCUGCCUUCAGAUGUCUUUUAAAAAGAAGAUAGCUGCUUAUUUCCUUCACUUCUGAAGUGAGGGCGUUCCACAGGGUGGGCGCCACUACCGAGAAGGCCCUCUGCCUGGUUCCCUGUAACCUCACUUCUCGCAAUGAGGGAACCGCCAGAAGGCCCUCGGAGCUGGACCUCAGUGUCCGGGCUGAAUGAUGGGGGUGGAGACACUCCUUCAGGUAUACAGACUGAGGCCGUUUAGGGCUUUAAAGGUCAGCACCAACACUUUGAAUUGUGCUUGGAAACGUACUGGGAGCCAAUGCAGAUCUCUCAGGACUGGUGUUAUGUGGUCCCAGCAGCCACUCCCAGUCACCAGUCUAGCUGCUGCAUUCUGGAUUAAUUGUGGUUUCCCGGUCACCUUCAAAGGUAGCCCCACGUAGAGCGCAUGGCAGUAGUCCAAGCGGGAGAUAACUAGAUCAUGCACCACUCUGGCGAGACAGUCCGUGGACAGGUAGGGUCUCAGCCUGCGUACCAGAUGGAGCUGGUAGACAGCCGCCCUGGACACAGAAUUAACCUGCGCCUCCAUGGACAGCUGUGAGUCCAAAAUGAUUCCCAGGGUGCGCACCUGGUCCUUCAGGGGCACAGUUACCCCAUUCAGGACCAGGGAGUCCCCCACACCCACCCGCCCCCUGUCCCCCAAGAACAGUACUUCAGUCUUGUCAGGAUUCAACCUCAAUCUGUUAGCUGCCAUCCAUAGUUAACAUCAUGCGCAGGCCUUUUUGUCCUGAGUCCUUGAGCCGCUGGGAAUAUUCAGGCCUAGACAGAGUAUCUCCAUAGCACACUCCUGUUCUCCAGCUUUGUGAGGUUUAUGGGUCAAUGGAAUUUACUUAUUUUUCUUACUUCUUUUUGAAUAUUUUUGUUGACUUUGAGGUGAUAGGCAGUCAGCGCACGUGCCGACAACAAAUAUUGAGCAACAGCAAACUGACGUUAAUUAACUUGGAGCUUCUUUGGCUCCCGGCUGAGGCGUCUUCAGAAGCAUCACUCCGAAAAGAGGCAUUCGUUUCUGGAUGUGUGAGACCAGUGGAUAGUUUCUGAGUCGGCAAUGAGACGUUUUAUUUAUCUGAACGAGCAUAUACUGCUUUUCAAGUUUGUGAAGAUCUACCAAAAUGUUUUAACGCAAUAAAACCACAAAACAAGAUACAGCUGAGGUGGCUUAUAUCUCCUCCAACCGCCACCAGGGGGCCACUGAAGGACCAUUUUUGGCCCUGAGAGGAAGGGAAGAGAGCAAAAAGACAGAAGAGCCUGGGGAGAUGUUCAGUAUCUCUAGCUCCUGGUUUUCCAGCUGAGAUGGCUCCAUUGCACACCUGCCACCAGAGGGCCAUCUUGGCCUAAUGGGAGGAAAUAUCAAGCUCUUUAAAAAAAGGAAAUAUUGUUUCAUCUCUCUUUUUCCCUUUAAUGUAAACUGCUUUGUGCAUGAGGCUCCCCUGAAAAGCAUUACAGUGGUAACUCGGGUUACAUAUGCUUCAGGUUACAUACGCUUCAGGUUACAGACUCUGCUAACCCAGAAAUAGUGCUUCAGGUUAAGAACUUUGCUUCAGGAUGAGAACAGAAAUCGGGCUCUUGGCGGCGCAGCGGCAUCAGGAGGCCCCAUUAGCUAAAGUGGUGCUUCAGGUUAAGAACAGUUUCAGGUUAAGAACAGACCUUCGGAACGAAUUAAGUACUUAACCCGAGGUACCACUGUAUACUGAUACCUUAAAUAAAUAAAUGGAAGUCUAAAGCCACCAGAACUGCCCUGUCUGCACACCCUGUUGCUGCCGCCCUGUGCCCAGGUUACGUUUGCUAACGCACCGAGGUGCAAGAAGCAGGUGAGGAGACAGUCUGGCUGCCUGGCUGCGGAGGGAGCAUUUGAUUCUCCGAAUGUGCCCCUUGCCUUUUGCCCAUACAGUCGUACCUUGGAAGUCGAACAGAAUCUGUUCUGGAAGUCCUUUCAACUUCCAAAAUGUUCAAAAACCAAAUCAUGGCUUCUGAUUGGCUGAAGGAAGGUCCUACAGCCAAUCAGUAGCCGCGGAAGCCCCGUCGGACGUUCGGGUUCCAAAAGAAUGUUUGCAAACCAGAACAUUAUCUUCCGGGUUUGCGAUGUUUGGGAGCCAAAACAUCCGAGUUCCAGGGCGUCCAGGAUCCAAGGUACGACUGCAUAAGCAAAGGAUUGUCAUUACAGUGGUACCUCAGGUUAAGUACUUAAUUCGUUCUGGAGGUCCGUACUUAACCUGAAACUGUUCUUAACCUGAAGCACGACUUUAGCUCAUGGGGCCUCCCGCUGCCGCCGCGCCGCUGGAGCACGAUUUCUGUUCUAUUUUUUUAUUAAGUUUUUUUACAACACAAACACACACACUCAUAAGACUAAACAAAAUAAUAAUAAUAAACAAGCAGCGAAAAACAAAAACGCAAAAAGAAAAAGAAAAAACAAUGUCAAAGUACAGUGGUACCUCGGGUUAAGUACUUAAUCUGCUCCGGAGGUCCGUUCUAACCUGAAACUGUUCUUAACCUGAAGCACCACUUUAGCUAAUGGGGCCUCCUGCUGCUGCCGUGCUGCCGGAGCCCGAUUUCUGUUCUCAUCCUGAAGCAAAGUUCUUAACCUGAAGCACUAUUUCUGGGUUAGUGGAGUCUGUAACCUGAAGUGUAUGUAACCUGAGGUACCACUGUAAUUCCUAUGGUGAAAAAUCAAAUGCUUCGCUUGGCAGCCACCUGUCCUCCAUGCCUGAUUCAAGGGCCUGAACCCCAUCUGCCAGGGAUCCCACAAGAGAAUCAGUGGAGGAGACUCUUGGGGCAUGGGAUUGAGCUAAAGAUUCCUGCAUUGCAGGGGGUUGGACUAGAUGACCCUGGGGGUCCCUUCCAACUCUUAUGGUUCUAUUUCUGUCUACACAGUGUAGGCCUUGGAUUAUUGUAAUAUUCAGGCCCCACCUGUCACGGCAGCCAGUUUCCUAGCAUUCUUUAUUUGUUAAUAAUAAUAAAUAAUAAAUAUUUGUUAAGGAACUUGUCAGACUAUAAGAGGAUAGUUCGCUGUCCUGCUUUGGCUGAGCUUAUCGCCUAUAAUUCAUAUCUUUUGUCGUCUCAGCAAAAGAGGAGGGCAGUGGAGAGGGGGCUUAAUCGGUGAAGAGUAUAGGUUAAUUUUAUUUACACAUAGUAAACUAAGAGCGCUAGAAAUUACCAAAAAUGGUUUGUAACAAUUUUGGUUGUACAGCCCCCUGAUCCUCACUGACUACUACUUGAACUCCUCAGUUUCCGAUUUUUGAAAGCAUCUUUCUGGAACUCCUUUCUGCUCCUUUCAACCCAACUUGCUGCUUUGUGUAUUUUGUUACUGAGCGGUAAUCCUUUUAUAUCUGAUUAGUUACACCACUGCAAUCCUCCUCUUAAGUUCCUAAUUUUAGCAAGGCUUGGGAAUUAGGUCAGCCAAAGCUACUGGAAAGGCUUUGGAAAGGAUCCUGACUGCAAAUUAUUAUGCUGCGUUUCUUGUUUUCAAGAUGCGCACAGGACAGCUUCGCACAUGGAUUUAAUUUCUUCCAUAACCAGACAUAAACACCAGCGUCUUGUCCUCUGUACUGGGGUAAAAUAUCGGGGAGAAAUGAGGCAGUUUAAAGAAAAAAUGUGUUUGAGGAUUCAUGUACCUAAAGGUUGGGGCAGUGUCUAUUCCAGCAUCUUUUGCAGGAACACAGAGAAGCCAUAGAAUGUGAUCCUGGGUCCAGAAUAUAACCGAGAAUUUCAGCUUUUAUUUUUUAAAACAAGAAGAGCUCCCCAGUCCUUAUGGUUACAGAGAUGUACUUGAAUAUACAUAGUGGACAAUGCCUGCUGGAAUCCCAGAAAUCAAAUGGGUUCUCCACCCCCAUCGUUCAGCCCGAACACUGAGGUCCAGCUCCGAGGGCCUUCUGGCGGUUCCCUCAUUGCGAGAAGUGAGGUUACAGGGAACCAGGCAGAGGACCUUCUUGGUGGUGGUGCCUGCCCUGUGGAAUGCCCUCCCAUCAGAUGUCAAGGAAAUAAACAACUAUCUGACUUUUAGAAGACAUCUGAAGGCAGCCCUGUUUAGGGAAGUUUUUAAUGUUUGCUGUUUUAUUGUGUUUUUAAUACUCUGUUGGGAGCCGCCCAGAGUGGCUGGGGAAACCCAGCCAGAUGGGUGGGGUAUAAAUGAUAAAUAAUAAUAAUAAUUUAUUAUUAUUAUUAUUAUUUUAUUUUCAUUGCUUAAAACUUUUCCAGUGGUGGGCAGUACCAGAGGCAAAAAGGAGUGGGUCCAGAGGUUAAAAGCGGCUGUAGAGGAGGUGUGGCCUGGGGCAGAUCCCAAGUGCCGGGUAAAGAGGACUCUGUUCAGUCCCCAGGCCGGCGUUCCUCGUCCCUGGCUUAAAAGGGUGGAUUGUCUGUGCUCUGCAUCGUUUCUCCCCCCUCCACCGCCAGCUAAAGCAUAAUGAAUUUAUGCCAGGUAGCACAACCAAAGAAACAAUUACUCAAAAUGAGAGAAAUGCAAGGCUGUUGAAUGCACACAGGUCACAAGGUACGGACUACCUUGGUACAAAAUGCAGAUUAAGUGCAGGACACACGCCCCUGUUUGUGCUAUACAGUGGUACCUUAGGUUAUGUUACCUUCGGAUAAUGUAACUUUACAUAUACAUAAGUGUAUACUUCCGGGUUUUGCUAUGUGUGCAUGCGCAGAAGUGUUCUAUCAUGCCGUGCGUGCGCAGAAGUGGCGCCUCGACUUGAAGACUUUUCAGGGUAUGUAUAGACCCCCGGAACGAAUUAAGUUCGUAUCCGGAGGGUCCACUAUAUAAUCAUUGGAAAGGAAAAAGCAAAAUUGAAUUUUUGGCCUGCCUGGAGAUUGUUGGAUCUCGACAACUCCUCAGGAAGUACAAGUCCCACCUAUUGUAUAGGUGGGGCUAACAUAAUCACAGGUUUAUUUAAGCUUUAAAGAUGCUGAACGGAACAGAACAUUGUGCUCUGUUGAACAUGGCACAAGCUUGCCAGACGGAACGAUCCCCCCUCUCCUUCUCUUCCCAUGUGCUGCUCUGGGGUCCUCCUGAACCACCACGCCUCAAGCCAAUUUGGGCGGGGGGGGGGGACACAAAGGGGACACAGCCUCGCUGUACAAGCGGAAGUCCUUGCGUAGAGUUUGCGCUGACUGACAGGGCUUGUUUGGUGAGUCCCCUGCCGCUGCCCCUUUCAAUAGUGGUGCCCACCCUGUGGAACACCCUCCCUUCAGAUGUGAAGGAAAUAAGCACAAUUCAAAGUGUUGGUGCUGACCUUUAAAGCCCUAAACGGCCUCGGUCCAGUAUAUCUGAAGGAGCGUCUCCACCCCCAUCGUUCUACCUGGACACUGAGGUCCAGCUUCGAGGGCCUUCUGGCGGUUCCCUCGCUGCGAGAAGCCAAGUUACAGGGAACCAGGCAGAGGGCCUUCUUGGUAGUGGCGCCUGCCCCAUGGAACGCCCUCCCAUCAGAUGUGAAGGAAAUAAGCAGCUAUCCUAUCUUUAAAAGACAUCUGAAGGCAGCCCUGUUCAGGGAAGUUUUUAAUAUUUAACGCUGCAUUGUUUUUAACACUUGAUUGGGAGCCGCCCAGAGUGGCUGGGGAAACUCAGCCAGAUGGCCAGGGUAUAAAUAAUAAAUUUAUUAUUAUUAUUAUUAUUUAUUUUUUAUUAUUAUUCCUUCGCAGGUUAUCGCCCAGCACCAAAACCUGUUGCUUGCUCGAGCCAACAACACCGUCAACUACACUUUGCUGAGCAACGACAACGCGUUUCUGAGCUACCACCCCUAUCACUUCACGCAGAGGACGCUGACGGCGCGCUUUCAGAUGAACAACACCAAACCGCCGCAUGUCCAGAUGGUGAGGAAGCCAGUGCUCACGGUGAUGGGCUUGCUGGCUCUCCUAGGUACAGCAAACCACUCGUCCUGUUUCCUGUUUGCAAGAGGAAAAGCAGGAGAGGCCUUUGUGGUGGCAGCGGCUGCGAUAUACUCUCCCAUUGCUGGGGUCACCGCAGCUUACCUGGGCUUAGCUGGGGCAGAGUGGCGGCGAGGCCAGGAUUGCAUAUGAUGCAUAUUAGUGCAACUGCAGAGUCCAGACCAUGGCCGCACCCUGCCCCACACCGGUGUUGAGAAGGCCCCUCUCCCACCACAGGAGCCACCGCUGCUUCAAAAGUCAUUUUUACAAAAGAGGAUAUAUGUGCGUGUUACUGGCCACCCAAUGUUAACCAAACGGGGGCACAAACCUGUUACCCUACUUCCCAAUGACAUUUGGUGAAUUUUUCCAUAGAGGAGCAGUUAGGGCCAGAAGCGCCACCUUGCAAGGGCAAUUGGGGGGGGUGAGCAUCGUGCCUCCUUCCCUAAAUUUGGCAGAAGGAGGAGGAAGAGGAGUUUGGAUUUGAUAGCCCGCUUUAUCACUACCCUAAGGAGUCUCAAAGCGGCUAACAAUCUCAACAAACACUCUGUGAGGUGAGUGAGGCUGAGAGACUUCAUAGAAGUGUGACUGGCCCAAGGUCACCCAGCAGCUGCAGGUGGAGGAGCGGGGAAUCGAACCCAGUUCACCAGAUUACGAGUCUACCACUCUUAACCACUGCACCACACUGGCACAGUGGCUCUCCCAGCUCUCCCAGAAGCUUCCCAGGCUUUGGGAAGGGGGCGCCAGCCUUCUUCUUUUUUAAAAUAAUAUUUUUUAAAUUAGGUUUUACAGUUUAAAAUUCUCAUAAUCUACAUAAGUAAUAGAGAAACAAAUGCCAGAAAGAGAAACCCCUUCUCCCCCCACCGCCGGACUUCCCUCAACCUCCCCUUUCUGGUUCUUUAUACAUUUAAUACUUCUACUUACACUGUUUUAUCUUAAUUUUAUCACCAUCUGUCUAAAUACAUUCCCAUUAUUAUCAUUUUGUAUCUCCCCGCUAUAAAUUCUUCUCAUAAUUAAUUAUUUUCAAAAACAUUAUUCCUUGUCUUUUACCUUCAUUUUUGUGGUUGUAAGUGUUUACUCAAACCCUGCUAGUGAGUCUAUUUCUUUACAAUAUUUCUGUAGGUACAGCAAAUAUAAUUCCCAGUCUUUUUAAAAGCCUCAAUUGUCUUUAUCUCUUAAUCUUCCUGUAAGCCUCGCCAUUUCUGCGCAAUCCAUCAUGAUGAAGGAGGCGCCAGGCUUCAAUACUUUAAUACACUAAUUUUCCGGGAACAUUUAGGGGACUAGUCUAGUCCCCCUAGCCCACUGACCACACUCCACCGCCUGCUUCCCAAGGGACUAUCGCCUCUCAUUUGGACCUGCUAUUUGCACGGCUCCACAGAGGCGUCCGGUUAGCCCCUGUGAGAAAAGGAUGCUGUACAAGGUGGGACUUGAGCCUGAUCCAGCAGGAGAGCAGCAAAACGGCAGCUUGGGGAGAGGCGAGACAGCGGGUGGGUGGCUACGAAGGUGGGUCUGCUUAUGAGGAGCACAGUGGGGUGCAAUAAAACAAGGCCAAGUUCAAAGUAAGAUUCAAGUUUCUCUUCCUCUUGUGUAGGAGAGGAGCAAGUCUCUGCCAACAUCUCCAGCCAGGAAUCGGAAGACUGUGACACUCUUGGAAUACUAGCCAGUGUGCACAGACCUCAAGAGCAGGGACCCGACAGCUGGCAGGCCUCCGUGUUGAUCUAUGCCAGCAAAGACAAUGAGACAUCUUCCAACGUCAGUGCCGUGACUCUAAACAUAACCAAUUACCCCAAACACAAAGGUAUAGUUGUCACUGUGUUUGUUUUCCUGAUGCGUCAUUACACGAAGGCAAGUGAUUCUAUGAUUCUAUACAGUGGUACCUUGGGUUACAUACGUUUCAGGUUACAGACGCUUCAGGUUACAGACUCCGCUAACCCAGAAAUAGUACCUGAGGUUAAGAGCUUUGCUUCAGGAUGAGAACAGAAAUCGUGCUCCGGCGACGCGGCAGCAGCGGGAGGCCCCAUUAGCUAAAGUGGUGCUUCAGGUUAAGAACAGUUUCAGGUUAAGAACAGACCUCUGGAACGAAUUAAGUACUUAACCCAAGGUACCACUGUAUUUACUGCAGCUAUUGAGUGGCUCACCUUAUUCUAAAAGGACAGCUGGCCUGGAAUAGCCAUUUCAUGCAGCCUAAACCAUUGUGCCAUGGUGGCACGACACAAUCAUACAGUGGUACCUCGCAAGACGAAUGCCUCGCAAGACGAAAAACACGCAAGACGAAAGAGUUUUCCGUUUUUUGAGUCGUUCCGCAAGACGAAUUUCCCUAUGGGCUUGCUUCGCAAGACGAAACGUCUUGCGAGUUUGUUUCCUUUUUCUUAAAGCCGCUAAGCCGCUGAACCGUUAAUAGCCGCUAAUAGCCGCUAAGCCGCUAAUAGCCGCUAAGCCGCUAAUAGCCGUGCUUUGCAAGAUGAAAAAACUGCAAGACGAAGAGACUCGCGGAACGGAUUAAUUUCGUCUUGCGAGGCACCACUGUAUAUUUUGAUAGUAGCUUUCUUUGGUUCCUCUCAUGAAAAUCAGGCUUUUUUUCUUGGUUUGCAGCUUCUAAAAAGCUUGCAAUUGGAUCCAGCUUCUUCUGGUCCUUUCUUGGACUUCUUACAAGGCUCUGGUGAAUAAGAACACCGUAUCUGAAAGCCUCGGUCUCUGGCCUGACGUUCAACUAACAAUCAAGAGUUUUCACGUUACUCUCCCUUUGUCUUCCCAAAGGACUUGUGUACCUCACUUACUACUUGGAUAACUACCUGACCAACCCGUAUUUGCAGUGGAGGAAACUGGGAGCUCCAGAUUUUCCUUCCCCGAAGCAACUGGAGCAGAUAAGAGCUGCUGAGGUACGAUGUGUUUGUUGUACAUGCAGUCCUCACUGAGUUCAAAAGGGCUUGGUCCUGAGUUAAGUGUGGGCAGAAUUGCAGCCGUUCCUCCCUAUCCCUCUAUGUGUUUACUUGGAAGUAAGUCCUGCUGUUUCCAGUGAGGUAUUCUCUCAGGUAAGUGGAUAGGAUCCCUCCCUUAGGAGGUAUAGCUCAUCAUAAGCGUAAGGGGUUUUUUUUUUGGGGAGGGGUCAAGAGGUAAAGCAGGCUUCCUCUCCUUCCUGCAGAGGUCAUAUCUACUCAGGGUCUCUCCAGAAUUCUUUUUUUAUUGCACUUUUAUGACUAUUUGUGCUCAUGGUGCUAUUGAGGUGGGCCCACAUGACCGUGAUUUCAAUACUGUUUGUGCCUGGAAAAUACCGUAUUUUUUGCUCUAUAAGACGCACCAGACCACAAGACGCACCUAGUUUUGGGAGGAGGAAAACAAGAAAAAAAAUAUUCUGAAUCUCAGAAGCCAGAACAAGAGGGAUCGCUGCACAGCGAAAGCAGCGAUCCCUCUUGCUGUUCUGGCUUCUGGGAUAGCUGCGCAGCCUGCAUUCACUCCAUAAGACGCACACACAUUUCCCCUUACUUUUUAGGAGGGAAAAAGUGAGCCUUAUAGAGCAAAAAAUACGGUAUUUGGACCAGCCACACUGCUUCAUCUCCAACCAGUGCCUAUCCUGUAACAUCCUGCUGUAAUCCCAUAAAUUGUCAUACCACAAAUGCUUUGGGGUUGCUUUGUCCCACCUUUUGUGGCACUCUGGACAGCAAUCAUGUGGUAACACUGGGGAAGCAUUGCAUAGGAAAUAAUGAAGCAGAAUAAACCCCCCACCAGUGCGCUAUUUCUGUGUCAAUAGCAGGCUGCAAGAUACACUCACAAUAACGCAGGAGUCACAGUCAUUCUCCUUUCCAUAGGCUGAACCUUCCGCAAGAAAUUCCUGGCCAUCUCCUCCCUCACAAACUUCAACUACGCUCUCCUGGGUGGUAUUUUUCCGGUUCCCUUACCUCAGACAGUUUGCGCUCCAUCCUUGCUGAUCACAAAGGCUGCCCUGCCAGAUCAGACUGAGGCCCACCAGAUUCAGCAUUCUGUUUCCCACAGCAGCCAGCUAGAUGCCUCUCUGAGCUCACAAGUGAAGUGAGGAGUUGGUAAAAAUUUAUUCCGUCCCUUUUAUGCUGUCCAGAUGUUCGCUUCCUGCUGGAUCAUCUUUUCUGUCGAGCUGACUCCACAGUACGCUGUCGGCGCUACAUAAAUAUUUGUUGUAAGGCUAUCCGAAUGAGCAAGGCCAGUGGAAGGGCCACCACUUUUGCGUUACUUUUGAUCUUUAAGCCGGUUCUCCUUCGUAAGCACAUACCUGCACACUGGGGGAUCCCUGCCCCACUGAUCCCCCUGAAGGAAAUCUGAACCCUGCCCUGUGGAUAUUUUUAUUUUUUUUAAUGAUGUGGUUGGGGGUUUUUGGGUUGUCUUUUGACUAAAAGAAGAACUGCAAGUUACCUCAUUGCACACAUGCUCCCUAAUGUAGGGUCAGGGAGAUUUGCAGUGAGGCAGAAACAGGUGUUUUUUUCACUUCUGUGCCUGCCAAUUUUCCACUGUAAAUCACAGCAGAAAUCCACAGUGGGGAUUUUCCGCCACGCCUCUCCAUCUUACUUUUGGUCUUGGAUAAUCUGAAAUGGUCAGUAAACUACGCCAUACAUUUAAAGCAUGCUGAUGCCACCUUAAUAGCCAUGGCUCAUCACGCCUCCACCCAAAUAAUCCUGGGAAACAUAGUUUCCCCUCACAGAGCUACAGCUAGCAGACCUUUGGCAUUCUACAGUUCUCAGAAUUCUUUUUUGGAGGCGGGAAGGCAUGAUGCUAUAAAUGUACCGUAUUUUUCGCUCCAUAAGGCGCAGCGGACCAUAAGGCACACCUAGUUUUUAGGGGCGGAAAUGAAGAAAAAAAAUCUUAUUUCCCCCCCCCUAGCCCCAAAGAGCAAAGAAGUCAAGACAGCGAGCGGGAUGGAUCCCGCUCGCUGUCCUGGCUUCAUUUUUAGCCGUGUGCAACCUCUCCCGACUGGAGAGGUUGCACGUGGCUUUGGCAGAAGCCAAGGCAGCGAGCGGGAUGGAUCCUGCUCUCUGCCUUGGCUUUGUUUUUAGCCACGGGGCUGGGGCGGGGGGAACCCGGGCUUCCCCCGACCCCAGCCCCCAGAACAGGUCCGGGAGCAGCGGCAAGGUUGCGUGCAGCCUUGCCUCCGCUCCCGGAGCUUGCGGGGCUGGCGGGGGAAGCCUGGCUCCCCCCCCCCAGCCCCAGGGACCACACAUUCGUUCCAUAAGGCGCACAGACAUUUCCCCUUAGUUUUUAAGAGGAAAAAAGUGUGUCUUAUGGAGCGAAAAAUACGGUACUUUAUAUGUAUUGUGCAAUUGGCAUUUCCAGGUGGAAAUCUGAAAGCAUGGGAAAAGUACAAAGGGAAAAUGUGUUUUGAAAGGCGGCUGAAUGAACAGUCUUAACAUCCUGCUUCCCACAUGGGCCAGACGGGUACCUCCAAUAAUCCCAAGAGCAAGCAAUGAAGGCAAUAGCCCUCCCUGCUGUUAUUCCCCAGCACUGACAUUCAAGUAAAAUAUGCUAACCCCAGAUCUCUCCUUCAAAACAACCCACUUCAGGUUUUGCGUUCUAACAUGAUGAGCUGUGGGUGUGCUCCAUCCUAUGCACACAUUCCCCACAUGAAGGGGAAAAGAGUUCCAAAGAGGCACUUUUUGUUCAAAAGCGCUGUUGCACUUUUUCUGAUCUUUCAGAAUGCUCUGAAUGGCUAACUUGGGCACUGCUGAGUGAUCUCCCAUUCAAGCUGAGACUUGUGCCCUCUGGCCCCUGGACAAUGUUUAGCAUAUCACCAUGGUUAAUACCGAUAGGCUACUAAGCGGCUUAGGGACGCGGGUAGUGCUGUGGGUUAAACCACAGAGCCUAGGACUUGCUGAUCGGAAGGUCGGCGGUUCGAAUCCCUGCGAUGGGGUGAGCUCCUAUUCCUCAGUCCCUGCUCCUGCCAACCUAGCAGUUCGAAAGCACAUCAAAGUGCAAGUAGAUAAAUAGGUACCACUCGGGCGGGAAGGUAAACGGCGUUUCCGUGCGCUGCUCUGGUUCGCCAGAAGCGGCUUAGUCAUGCUGGCCACAUGACCCGGAAGCUGUACGCCAGCUCCUUCGGCCAAUAAAGUGAGAUGAGCUCCACAACCCCAGAGUCGGCCACAACUAGACCUAAUGGUCAGGGGUCCCUUUACCUUUUUACUGUAGGGAGGUUUCUCCUCAGGGAACAUUAAGCAUUUUUAUUUUAUUUCAUAGGACCCUGUGGUGAAAGGGCCAUUUUCACUCCCAGCAAAAGGCAGCUUAGUGCUGAAACAAGAGCUCCCAGUUCCAUCCGUCUUCCUCGUCCACAUCUGUGCAAAGCCUCUGGCUGCUCCCGAUCAGGUAGGCGCAACAUCCUGUAGAUGUGUGGAACCUCUAAUCCAAUUUGAAACAAACAAUAUUCGUUGGUUCCUUUGUUUUUCUGAGUGCAGCUUAAGGUGUUGGAGUUUGGGACCCAUUUUGUUUCAGAUAAAUACUAUUGGCUCGGUGCUUUUGUAAUUAUAAGCCACUCUUUAUUAGCAAAUCAUAUAAGAUCACUCUUAUUAUUAUUAAUAAUAAUUUUAUUAUUUACACCCCGCCCAUCUGAACGGGUUAAUCCAGCCAUUCUGAGCAGCUUCCAACGUAUAUAAAAACAUAAUAAAACAUAUAAGCGAGUGUCUGUUGAUUUUGUGUAAAUCAAUGUACUUUUUAAUUUAUUUUUGGCUAUGUGUAAGUGGUCAACCCUACAGAUGGCUGCCCUCUUCCCACAUCCCACUACAAAUACGGCCCCUUUAGAGACGCUGUUGGCAGCCCAGACUGCAAGGAGAAGCACCCUCUUGUCAGCUCAGCCACUCUGAAAGCAGGUCCCCUAAGGCCUAGUCUUCCCUUAGACCAUUUGCUUGCAUCUCAGUUUUUCUGCUUCUGGCUGCAGGUGGCAGAGGCGGUUUUAGGGUAGCACGACUGGUGUGGUGCAGGGGGCUUUGGGACGGAAUGAGAGAGGCGGGGGACACUCCUGUGAUGAAACACUCUCUCAUGAGAAACCAUGCCCAAUUUUCUUUUUGCUUUUGUUUCCAGUUUAUCAGCCAUCCCUAGUAGCCUCAUCAUUUGGUCAAAUCGAUCCGUUUUUUAAAGCUCUCUGUCAGGGAAAUGCCAUCGGAGCUAGAGGCGGAGGGAAGGCUCCAGAGGGAUGCCGGAGAGGGUCCCAGUAGGGAGAGAGGCAGCCCGUCCGCUGGGGAAGGAAAUCAGCGUAACACCAGUGGAGAAGGGGGGCAGAUGGGGGAAUCGGAGAGGAGGCUCCAAGACUCCUCGCCAGAGACCAGCGGAGAGAGUACGGGUCCUCCGCUGCCCACACCCUCCCUGCGCAGAAGGCUUCCGCGCAGGGAGACUAGGCGGAGACUAGGCGUCAAAGAACUUUUGUACUGGAAGAAGUUCAAGAAAUGCCCACUGACGGAUUCUGCCAGCGACUGAGACAGCCACAAAGCUAGAAGCUGUCCGGUCGGAAAGGGUUCAACCAGGUAACCUAGCCAGGAGUGGCGGCAACUUGCGCACGAGCAACCCCUAAACCCAGUACACUCUCUUACAUCUUGCUUUAGUGGAGAAAAAAUGCAUAAAAUAAUGUAAUAAAUAAAUAAAAAUAAACUCACUCUUUUGAUACAUGCCAUGCUAACCCUGAGCUAAUCUGUCUUGUCAGGUGAAUGGUGUUCGCCUCAUCCGUCUCACAAAGGAACAAGUUUUGAUAGUGUGGGAUGACAGCUGUGUGAAUUCAAAGUAGGUAACUCGCGCCUAAAGGAAUGCAGAACUGUCUCGGUUUUAAAUCCAUCUUUUUCAAAUUCUUUGUGUAAAGCAGUAGCUAAAUAGCAACUGUACAUUUCACAAACUGUGAGGAAUCAGACUGGAAAAUCCAGAGGGCAAUGGCUGAAUAUUGCUGAGCUCUGGGGCCAUAUGAAUUGCUUCUUGCUCACCUCGCUUGGAGUCUAAUGGCCUAGCGCAAGGCAGGUGCUUUAGAAUACCGUAUUUUUCGCUCUAUAGGACGCACUUUUUCCCCUCCAAAAAUUAAGGGGAAAUGUGUGUGCGUCCUAUGGAGUGAAUGCAGGCUCCUUGGCUUCAGCGAUAGCAAUGCGAAGCCUCCGAAGUGCAGAGGGAGAGCUCCUUCCGUGCUCCGGAGGCUUCGCGUUGCUUUCGCUGAAGCCUGGAGAGCAAGAGGCGUCGGUGCACACCGAUCGCUCUCCAGGCUUCAGGGAGAGCCGCCUGAAGCCUUUGGAGUGCAGCGGGAACUCGUGCUGCACUCCGGAGGCUUCGGGUUCCUCUUGCUGAAGCUGGGAGAGCAAGACUCCUGGCUUCAGCAGAGAGGGAGAGCUGCGCAGUGCCCCUUCAGCGAAGCGGGAGGAGAAAUGGAAGGGCUCCGUUUCUCCUGCCGCUUCGCUGAAGGGGCGCUGAGCAGAGAGGAGGAGAAUUUUUUUUUCUUGUUCUCCCCCUCUAAAACAAGGUGUGUCCUAUGGUUGGGUGCAUCCUAUCGAGUGAAAAAUACGGUAAAUAGGUUUGGAACAGUUGUCUUUAAUUUCUACAUAUUUUCCUCUGAAAAAUCACUUUUCCUUGCAGGGUUACACCAAUAAGCUUGCAAGUCUCUGUGAUGUGUUUGUUUGUUUUUCUUCAUAGGUGCCUGAAAAAAUUUGAAGUGUUUUUCUCACAGGAUGGAAAAACAUUCCGCCAGAUCAGUGUCAAAGACAGUAUAUUUACAGCAUUGGUCUACAGCCCAGGUAACGUCCAGUCCUACAAAUGUCCAGUGUCUUUCUUUAUUUUUAAUUUUAGAACAAAAGCAAAUUAAGAUCAUUUCAAUUCUUCCACACAACCUUUUUUUAAAAAUUGGCUGCUUCGUUUUUUGAAGCAACCUUGAGGAACUGUAAUGUGUCCUUGCUUGAUAAUGGAGUCUAUAUGCCACUGUUUAUAGAUUCAGGUUCCCAAACACCACUGGUGUGAAGGAAGGAAGCUUUUAAUAUUUGAUGAAUUAUUGUAUUUUAAUAUUUUGCUGGAAGCUGCCCAGAGUGGCUGGGGAAACCCUGCCAGAUGGGCAGGGUAUUAUUAAUUAUUAUUAUUAUUAUUAAUAUAAUAUCAUCAUCAUCAAAUGGUUGCUUUUGGUUGUAGAAGUUCUUCUGCUCAAGAAGAGUAAAACUUUAUGGGAAGAUUAAAGGUACAUAGUGAGAAUUUCCACACAGGUUUAUAAGGGGAUGCUUUGUGUAGGAAGGUUAAAAGUACACAGAAGGAUCAAAGAUUCAGUCUAGGGACCUGGCUAUUUUAAAGACAGACAGCUUUUUUAAAAAAAUUCUUUUUCAUUCUUGUCAAAACAAAAAAGGUCUUCAAUUACUACCACAAAGUACAAAUACUUGGUUCCUGGCUUAUCUGAACAUUUGGCUGCAGAGAUAAGCAAUCUACUUUAAAAACACACACCAAAAUAUAGGCGUUUUGUCAAUGUAGUUUCCCCCCCAGUCUUUCUCAGUGUAACCAAGAUGUUCAACUAACUAUUUGUGUCGGACUUUCUCUACAGAAACAACAGUCACAGGGUUCUACAAAGUGCGAGCUGUGGAUUACUGGGGCAGAGCGGGGCCAUUUUCUCUCCCGGUGUACUACAAUGAAGCAUCUUAAGAAAGGCCAACACCUCAAAGGCAAGCCAGAACUUACAGAAUUAGGCUUGCACUUUGUCAGGCUACAAGUCCUUAAAGCAGUGGUUCUUCAUACUCUUUAAGAAAUUUCCCCUUACGAUGCUCAGAACAACUCGACUUCCAGGGCGUCAGAGGAGAAAUGAGGAGAGCGACUGGAAGCCACUCCAGAGCACCAAAAGUUUCAUUUUCAAGAGAUAAUUUUGAAAAAUAAAGUAGCACCCUAAGGCAGGCAACAGAACUGCCUCUCCCCACAAUCCAAGGGACGCCAGCUGCUGAUGUAAGCACUUGUUCAAGCCCCUGCAGUAACUAGUUUCGAGAGUCAAAUGGAUUAGAAAAAAAGAAAAGUGAAUCGGCUGGAACAGGAGUUGGCAAACUACGGUCCGCAGGCUGGAUCUGGCCCAAUUGCCCUCUGGAUCCAGCCCGUGAACGGUUCCAUUUUUCCCCCCAAUUUUUUUCGGGUGCCAUUUUUUUGCAACCCCCCCCCAAACUACAUCUCCCAGCAUGCUCCAAGGUUGCUCAGACCUCCAUGACGCUGGCCAAUCCGAAGCCUUAGCAACCUCAGGCCUCCCCUCUAUUGGCCAGUUUCACACAAGCCGGCAGCCAAUGGUGACCCUUCCCAAGACCUGCUGCGAGGAGGGAGGAGGAAGAUGAGGAAGACUCUUCUGUGCUGCUUGGCGGUGGCACAUUAGCAGCAUGGUCAUGGACACCCCGGGGUAGGGGCACUUCCUGGUGGGGUGGCUGUGGCCCCUCCAUGCAAGCCAAGACCCAGCACGGGCGGGGCGCCCCCUCCCCAGUCCAGCCCAGCCCGCUCCAUCUGAAUGUGGUAAGUGGAGGUAUCUCAACCGCUCUGUCUCCAAGGGAAGGCGUGUAUGCAUGCGCGCGCAGGGUCUGGCCCACCACAAAUUCUGAGGGACAGUGAACUGGCCCCCCGCAGAAAAAGUUUGCUGACCCCUGGGCUGGAAGAAGAAGAAGAAGAAGAGUUUGGAUUUGAUAUCCCACUUUAUCACUCCCCUUCAGGAGUCUCAAAGUGGCUAACAUUCUCCUUUCCCUCCCUCCCCCACAACAAACACGCUGCGAGGUGAGUGGGGUUGAGAGACUUCAGAGAAGUGUGACUGGCCCAAGGUCACCCAGCAGCUGCAUGUGGAGGAGCGGAGACGCGAACCCGGUUCCCCAGAUUACGAGUCUAUCGCUCUUAACCACACCACCACACUGGCUCUCACACUGGAAGAAUAGCAUGCUGGGAAAAGUGCUCAGGAAUGGGAGGAUGCCAAGUGCCAAUCUUUUGAAGAAUUUGGUUUUAGAAGUAGGUUUGUAUUUUCUAUGCUUGCGCAAAACAAAAAGUUGAUUAAAGGUACUCAUCUUGAGCUUGGAUGCUACAUGCAAUUUUUGGAAUCUCAUUUGAAUAAAGACCUGCUAUAUAUUUCGGAA